UCUACAGUUAAGUGGCUUGAAGCCGUCAGAGACACACGGGCUUGUAGUACACAGACACAGAGUCGGUACCCAUGUGACAUGUGAACGGAGAGCUCGAGACAAAGGUAGAAACAUUGACUUGAGCGCGAGAGGCGUCAGGCGGCGUGCAGAGGAGACACAGAGGAUGCUCCAAAUCAAAUCCAUGAGGGCUUCUUCUUUUUUUUUUCCCUCUCUCUCUCUCUCUCGUCUCGAAAUUCACGACUACAUAUAAAUGAUUCAUGAGAGUCUCUUUCUAUCUCUGAGGGAGUAACUGCGCUCACUGUGAGUUUCAGCACAAGCCGGUCACCAACAUAUGUGCAGACAAGAGACGGUCGUGGAGCAGAAGCGGAAUCAGAGACAGCGUGGAAGAGGAGGAGGAGGAGGAAAUUAAAAAGUCAAUUAAUUUCGGAGUUUGAUCAGCCCUCCCGUGAACCUGCUCCGGGGCUCGUCUGUCACUGGGAUCAACUGUUGCUGCUGCAGCCGGAGCGACACACAGACAUCCUCCAAGAGUGUCUGGCGUUCAUAAUGGAUGUUUGACCGUCACUCGGUCCUUCAUGCAGCCACACAUUAACAUGGAAGAGAGACUGAUACUGUUGUUGAUGCCUCGGAUACACCUUCAUCUGUCCUGAUGUGAUGCCACAUUGUUGCACUGAGGAGAAUGAUAAUACCCCACUCUGCUGCCGGCGUUUUCUUACAGGCUGAUCAUCUCAGUGUGUGAAACUAAACACAUUUAUUCUCUUUCUGUCUGAAGGGACCAGUUUUAUUUCAACUCUCUGACACACGUCAACAUUGUCAGGCUUUUUUCUUACAGUGACCUUGCCCGGUUUUGACAUCUGCUCAGUGGGAAAUCAUCAUGCUGAUGAUGAUGAAGAACAGCGGCAUGGAUGCGCAUCAGGUUGAUAUCGAUUCGGAAUUUGAGCCUCACAGUCGGUCGCGGUCGUGCACCUGGCCGCUGCCGUGUCCGGAGGAUUUCCCCGGAGGAGAAGAGGCGAGCCGAGGUCUGGCCCUGGCAUCAGUGAAGCUGGAGCAGUACAACGUGCCCGCGUGCCGGGCCGAGAGAAAAGGCGGCGCACCGACGGAGAUCAAGCAUCCAGCCGGCGCCCCGGCCCCGGUCGUGGCCGCCCCUGCUUGCAUGUCCGGGGCUGCGCUCGACGUGGCCGGCCAGCUGCGCAAAGCCAAGUCCUCCCGGCGGAACGCGUGGGGAAACCUGUCUUAUGCAGACCUUAUUACCCGUGCCAUCGAGAGCGCCCCGGAGAAGAGACUUACCCUCUCCCAGAUUUAUGACUGGAUGGUUCGCUUUGUUCCGUAUUUCAAGGAUAAAGGCGACAGCAACAGUUCAGCGGGAUGGAAGGUAGGCCAAAUGAAAGAAUUUUCUGAUACCACAUGGUGAAGGUUUUAGUGGAAAAGCUUCACUAUAUUUAGCCUCAGUCUGUGUCUGCAGCAGAACUCCCCUCUGCAUAUUUCUGAACCACAUAAUUGACCCCCGGUCCAACAAUUUAUGUCAGUGGCGUGUCCCCGUGUCACUCCUCACUACAGUGUGGAAAGGGGCGGUGAGCUGCUUGGGUAGGGUUGGAUAAGGGUUCACUGGGUUCAUCUUAUUUAAAGAUUGCAGCAUGUGCAUAUAGGAGAAGCCACACGGAGCCAAACUCCCCCUGUGUGUUUCGGGAAAGCGACUACUGAGCGCUUUGACGCGAGGGGAAGGUGUCUGGAUCCAAACUUUCGGUUCUCGGAGUUCUCGGGUCACAAAGGGGACAAAGUUUGCACCCGGUCCGAUUCAGAGCUUGUUGACUGGAGCGUCACCCAUGCCUCCGGUUGGGUGCUCGGGGUAAACCGUUUGGAGCCCCCUCCACGCCUCCCCCCUGCUAUCCAGUGCGCGCACGUUAAAUUACGCACAGGCUGUGCGAAAGCAUGGCACAAGGCGAGGGGUUUAAAAAGGACAAUAACAAGAGCUGAUGACAUGGGGUGUCACGGCAAACAGAUGUAACUACAGAUUAUCCCUUAAAUUCAAAUUAAUAGGAGGUUAAUCUAAUAGAUUGCUUUCUGUAAUCUACUUAAAUAUACCACCCAUUCUGCGUGAGGAUUAGUGGUCUUUUGUUUCCAAGCUCUGAACUGUAGCUUUCCCUCACUCUGCUCUUUGUGUGUGACAAAGCUUUGAUUUUUUUCCCUCCACAAGUAAAAAUGGGCUUCAAGUAUUGAGUUGUGAAAACAUUUCAUCAGUCAAGGCCAUGUGGACUUGAAAUAAAUAUUUAAGUCAUGUUAGAACAGCUUUUUACCCCGAUCUAACAUAUCUUUUUUUACGAAAAGCAGAAGAAAAAUGACUCAACUAGUGUUUAACGAUCUUCUACAUGUUGUGGGAGUUAUAUCAAAGGGCUGUUAGGUCAAAUACUGCAGUUGAUGUGAAUUUCCAGAAUCCUUGAUUCACUCUGUGAGCUGUAACAGAGCCAAGAGUGUAGCUUCAGUAACUCCCUUCUUGUUAAACCUGAUAGUAGAUGUAAACAUCUCCUGGCGUUGCUUCAUUCAGGAGCUUUAAUAAGAGAUAAAUCACUUAGCAUAAGGGCGACUCCGAAGAUUGAAAUGUCUUUAAAGAUCUGCUCUUGUGAUUUCGACAACCUUAAGACCAGUUAAUGGGGAAAAUGAAGCAGAAGAAGCCAAGGUGUUAACAUUUUUAGAAUGAGUCAAACUUUGCAAAACUGAACUUUACUCCUCUUCUACAGCGAUUCUCAUCCCACAUUGUUCAGUGGACCAGAGCUCCAAAAUAUGACACCGCAGGUUCAGCUGUAAAAUCAUCUCCGGUUUUUGUCCUCUCCUUUUUUGCUGUUCAAAGAGAACAAACGUCUGUUUCAGCGGAGAAUGAAAAAUGAAACAGAAAUGAAUCCAGAGGGCAGGAACUCCAUUACUGUGAAAAUCUAGGUUAAGAUGAAGGCUAAAUAAAGUCAUAAAAUCUAAUUUGUUAUUUUGAUUUUAUGCUUAUUUUGUACUCUAAAAAGGAAACUUUUAUUCUAAUUUUAUAUUUUAAGUAUGUAAACAAACAAAUUGCAAAUUACUGACGUCCUUCUAAACUCAAAUAGUUCUGAACAAGCUUUCUUUUUAUGUUUGGAGUUUAUUUAGCUCGACUAAGUCACCAUAGUGGGCACAUUUAACAAUAAUGGAAAAAAACUAAUUUUGACCAAUAACUUGUGAACAAAGAUCUUAACUUCUGUUACAUUUUCUAUGUCAUAUCUGUUUAAAAUGAGCUUCAGUUUUCUUGGAUUUUAACGUGUAAAAAUGCUGAGAGGCUGACAGAUACCUCCUCUAAAAGUCAAGUCUUGCUCAAGUUGUCUGUGAUCCAUCUUACCAUGUAAGAGCAGGAUUUAGAUCGUUAUAACUCAAGUUAACCAAUUGAUUGUGGCUAAACCCAGUAUGUCUUUACUGUUGCACCACCCCCCAGCAAUACAUAUCAGUCAUGGGUACACUGGUGCCAAACAAUGGGGGUUGAAAAUGUAUCACAGAUUCUCUUCUCGCCAUUAAAAAGAGGCCUUAACAGUGUGGUAACUUGUUUGUAAUGCAAAAUUGAAGACUUACAGACCAAAUAUAACCAAAGUAAAACAUUUAUGUAGUCACCUUUAAAAUAUAUAUUCACAUUAAAAGUCAAUAAAAAGAAAUACUGAUGAUUUAAAACGUACGGAUGACUCGAGGCUGAGAGCUCCACUUUAGAAAAACCAAACUGCAGACAUUUCAUAAUCUUUACUUCACGCCGGAUUUGAACUGGAUGUCUAAAACUCCAAACAGUGUGGUUUUCAGCUAGCUCUAAAAAAUUAACUUCUAAAUUUAUGAAUGUUAGCCUGACUAAACUGUAUUCAAAAAUAAAUGUUUUUCUGUUUAAUACUCGUUCAUAUUUUUCAUGCAAAACUGCUGCAGAAAACUACCUCAAUAGUCAUAUUUCAGAGAGUAGGUCCACAGACUGACCUGAUGCAUUUGAUGUGUUUGGCGCCCAGAAGAUGUAAGACCAUUAUUUCCCUUGAGGGGGCGCUAGAGAUCUCAGAGGGACCACAUUUGAAUGUAUAAAUACAUGAUUGAAUAUUUAACGGAUACACCUUAAAGUGACUGUACUGCGUAAAAGCUCUCCUCGAACAUGUUUGGAUGUGUCAAAUUCAUCUGGUUGUGUAUCAAGAAGAAAUUUCAAGACACUACAAGACAAGAUGUAAAGCUUAGGACAGAAACUAAAUGUAAUUUUUUUCCUGUAAGGUUCCUGCGGGGGCUCAGUUUUUCUUAGGUACAAGUAGAAAGGUUGGGAACAGCUACAUAACACAAUUAUUUCCCCAGCUGAGUAGCACUUGUUAAGACAAAUAAGCUGAACAUCAUGUGUAAAAUCGAUGAAGCUCCUCUGUAAGAUUCUUCAAAUACUUCAGGAGUCACGGUUUGCUUUCCUGUGUGUGUUUUGCUUUCCCUGACACAGGCUGCCGAUAGAAGGAACACAGAAAAAGGGGGAAACACAAGUUGCAGUGGGAUUAACAGGCAUUUCACACCAUCUGCGUGUUUGACAUUGAGUUGAUCCAAAAUCCUCUAUCUGCUUCCCUCUGUCAUGUUAUCAUAUCCUUACAGCUUUUUCUGAUAAGUACCUUUGUCUCCUUUUCUUUUUGUGACUCUCUCUCACACACACAAACACACAGGGUUUCUUUCUCUACUUCAACAUCUCAUUUGGCUCCAUAUCAGCUUCCAAUUGAGCAAUAUUAAAAAGCAGAUUAAUCUAAAUAAAAUCAACGUUUGAUUUAAGCCCAAUCGGCGCAGUGGCGACAACCUCUGUCCAAUCUUAAUGUUAUUGGGAGUUAAAUUGGAUUUAAAGCGGGGGCCUUGUUUGUGUGCAGCAGGGAUGCCCGGCGUGAUACCUGCUCCUGUUCCCCAGCUUUGGGUCGAGGUUUUGAUUGGCUGAUCGGGCGAGUGAGCCGAUUGGCCGAGAGGCGAGACUGAAAACAACUUGAUUUAAUCGUAAAAACGCUCCUGAAUAACAAAAAUAAGAAGAGAGGGGAGGUAACACACACACAUGCGCGGAUACACAUGUUGGACUGUAACAGUUGGCUGCGAUUUUAAUGAGAUUUGAAACACAGAGGUUCACAAACACACUCACACACACUCUUGUACAGUAUACACACACAAUCGUGUAUGUUUCUGCUUAGAUUGAACAGUACUUAUGGAUGAGGGUAGCGGGGGUUGUUGUGGGUGAGAGAGGGGGGAUGUAUGUAGAUGGAUGGGAUGAGUGGGAGUGGAAAUAAGAUCCAGUCAAAGUCUUGCUAUUAAAAGCAGUCUUUAAGAGCUGUUGUGUAAUCCUGUCUGAGAGCUGCUGCUCAAUUCAGCCGCUGGGCUCUUUGUCUUCAUCUGGGCCGGCAGCUUCCCCUGCCUCUAAGUAACACACACACGCACACGCACAAACACACACACACAUUCUCACAUACUGUACUCACACCACUUUUAGGUGUCACUCACUUGUUUAAGUGUCAAGCGCUGAGGCUGUAGCGGUGGGUUUCUUUCACACGUUCACACAUUUUACAGCUCGUGCUUUGUGUAUGCAUCGCUUUGAUUGUGGUCACGGACAUGCACACACAUUCGUACUCCUCUGUGUUACCAACAGUGUAUUAUCAGUUCCCUUUCUGCAUCGAAAAAUGCAUUCCUAAUGAGGUUGACACGAUUUGCAGAGUUACACAUGUUCUUGAAUUUCAUGUGGAGAUCCUUAAGGGACAGUGGCAUCAAACAAAAACAGCACUCUGACAUUAUCAGCACACAGCUCCUCCUGGUGUUUAAAAAUCUCUUUUGACUUCCUUGAGCUUUUCAAGUGGCGUACAAUUCAAUAAAUUCCAUACCAAAAGCAAAAACCUGAGAUGUUGUUGAAAGAUGUUACAUUUUACACUUGUUGGCCACAUUUCUCCCUAAAAAGACCAGGAGCAUUGUUGUUUUUAUGGGAGGAUUUGUGCCUGAUUCCAUGUUAAGACAGAUUUUAUUACCCCUAAUCAGCUUGGAAGACGAUAAAUUUGAAAUCAUAAUAAACACGUCAGAUAUCUAGCCAUGUUGGGGAAACUUUGAGGCUUGGAAAGCAAACUGACUGCAAGAAGGAAGCAAAACAAAAGCAGACAUAGUGACUGUACUAAAUAUGAAACAUACAGUUAGAUGGACAUCGGACAUUGAGGGCCAACUUGUUGAUUUUUUGCAAUAACACAGGUUUGUACGUUUCCUGUAAAACAUACCACAAUCAAACUGACAAGGAGAGAAGUUGAGCAGAAAUUGCGGCUCUGAUUGAUGGAUGGAAAGUGAGUGGCUGAAUCUGGACUGUGGUGUGCUGAGUUGGUCUUUUAGCAGCUGAAGACAAGUAAGGCUCAUUGGUUUGGGUUACACAUUUUUAAGGUCUUGAUAGAUUUCUAGGGGAUACCGUUUAUUAAAAAGAAAAAAAUAUUUUAUACAUUUACUUUUUUGUGUGUUAUAUUUUGUGUUUUUAAGCAUUGAAAAGGAAGGACAACUUAAGAGGGACUGAGCGGGGGAAGACGUGACAGUGGGCUGAUGUAGGACUCUGCGAGAAAGACUGUAGCUUUUGUUUACAGGCACACACAUUAAAGAGGACCCGUCCAUACUUAAUAUAUCAUGUAAACAGUACUGAGUGUCAGAACUAAACUGUGGCAAAGUUUCACAACUUGAGAUACACAGAUGGCGGUGUAAGCCCUGGCUAACUCUUACACAUUUUGAGACACGGUCAUAUCCUGACAUCAGGUUGUGCCAUCCAAUCAGGACAGUGCAAAAGGAUGAGACCACCCUUAUAAAAACACCCCCAUCCUUAGCCUGGGAAGUAAAUAGGAGUGAUGGGCAUGGCAGUUCUUUUAGAUGUACUGAAUCACUAGAAUAAGUUCACUAAAAAGAUUCAUUCAAAAGAGUCGUUCACCAAAUCACUGAAUCAUUUAGCGGGAGAACCCUGCGACUCUGACCUCCUGAACUGAUACACAGCUGAAAGGUUCAGGAUUCAGUUCAGUUCAUAGCUUCUGGGACAGGGAGACAAGAAUGUUUGGCUGUGUUGCUUUGGCAAACAGGUUUGUAAAAAUGAACUUGUUUAUAAGUCAUGGUGUUUAAAGUGUACUGUCCUAUGGUAUGCUAUUUAUCAGGUCUGCUUGGUAAACUGGGGUCAGUGAAUGAUUCGUUCACUAAACGUUUAGACUGAACAUGCACCGUUCCCUCACAAACCGCUGCAAUGAUAGGGUGCUGUAUGAAAGUUGUUGUGGUGGCAAUUUAGCAGUGACAAAAAAAAAAAGGUAGUUUUGUCUGACAAAAGUGAUUCAUGCAUCGGUGAAUGUGGUCCCUCGUUCGCCGGCUGCUGGCCUGGCAAUGCUGUUUCCAACUUCAGCUCUACUGAAGUGAGAAACGAACGAAUCACUCGAGGAAGUGAUUCGGUUCAGUAUGUUCACUUAGAAGAUUUGGUUAUUUUGAACGAAUCGUUCACGAACGCCAUAACACUAGUAAAUGGAUAACAGCGGGGGUUCUCGAAAUUUUAGGGACAUCAAAAGCUCUUUAAUUUUCUCUCAUGAAAAUCUGUUUCAGUACUUUUUUUCUAGGCUUCACUCUUUUUUGAUCCAGUAUUUUUCAGAAAGUUGCUGAUUUUUUGGUGGUGAAGAAAAUUAGCAGCUAUUGUUUCUUUCCAGAGAUUAACGGACAAGAACACCGUGAGAGAUUUUUAUGUUUUGGGGACAACAAUGUAGCUGUUUGUACCCCUCGACUUUGUAAACAAAGGCCAGUCGGAGCUGGAUUUACAUUUAAAUUGUUAGUUAUAUCACCACAAACUUUAAGUAACAUUACAACAACAGCUAAUGUGCGCUAAUUUGACUAAACAGGACGCUAAGUGGGGGGCGCUAACAACUAACCGCAUACAGUUCCUGUAAAGGCAGAACUCUCAGGGUUGUUUCAUAACUACUAAUCUGUGUGAAAAGUAACACCCACAAGCUUUGUCCAACUUUAAAUCACAGGAAAAGCGGCCAAACCAGGCAGUGACUGAGGUUUUUUUUUCCCAGCAGCCCGUAUACAAUUACUAAGGAGUUAUUUUGAGCUGUAAAUCAUACAGAUCUACUCUAUAGGUGUCUCUCCUGUAACUGCUGAGCUAAUCCAGAGCCUUGGAAAUGUGUUUUUAAUUUCAUAUUUGUUGUUUCUCAGUGAUACUAUUCUUCAUUAUUAUGUAUUCUAUUAAAUUACCACAAACCUAAUGUGCUGAAGAUGAGAAUGAAGACAUACAGAUCACCGAUUACAUUUUCAGACCCUUCGUUUCUGCAAAAACAAACAAAAAGAUGUGAAAGAUGUUUAGUAUGAUUUAAAGACUGACCUGUAGUGGACAUUUGGCUUUGUGGACUCUUUCUUGUGAGUGUAUAUCAACAGAGAGGUCAUGAACUUGAUAGGACACAAAUGCACAUUCACAAACACGUAUAGGCUCAGCGUGCUGUUAAAGCAUGUGGCAGCAGAGUUAUCGUGAUGACUGCGUUCGUAUUUCUCUGACUGUUGUUCAGUAAUUGCGGUCAAGUGUUAGGGCCAUGUUUGUUAUUGCAUCUGAGGUGGGAGGCUGUGUUUGGUCAUAUGAAGUGAGUUCAGUUCUGUAGGUGGUCACAGUGGUGGUGGUGGUGGUAGUGAUGCGGGGGUCUGCACUCACACAAACACACACUGUAAUGUUCAUUUCACAAGUGGCUCUGCGUGGGAAUGGAUGUGCUGUGCUGCGGCCUGUCUGCAGGCUGUACUGUACACACACACACACACACACACACACACACACUCACACUCACACACACACACACUCAGGCAGGCGGGCAGGUGGGAGCUCACCGACUCUACCUGAAGGCUUUACAAACGGUGGAGGCACGUCGUGGAUGUGUGACUGUUGUAAUGAAGACUGUGAUAUCAUGAGCACAGAGUGGAGAAGCUGUAAUGCACAUGAGGAUCAAUUACAUUUUCAGAGAUUCAUCUUUUAAGAGCAACAUAACACCAUGUUUUAGCCUGAGCACGCCUCCGCCACAGAUUCAGUGUGUGACUAAAAGACUUUAGAUGUAAUUUAAUAACUUAAAAAUGAUCUUUAACUUGUACAAAUUUGGUCUGUUUUACUCUAUUUUGUAAAAGUUUUAUAAAUGUAUUUUUUUGAUUUUGUCAGACAUUUACCACCUGUUUGAUGCUUCAAUAUAUUUUCAACAUUCAAGUAACAGACAGAUAUUUAUGAGGUGAAUUUAUGCACCAGUUCCUGAGAGUGUGGAUCAGUGUGAGGCCUUAUAUAAAGAUAGACUCUGCUGAAAUUGGUGAGGUCUCUCCACACAUGCUUUAAGAUGCCAGACCUAAUAUCCACGGUCAAGUUUACAGAAAUCGUCUCGAUCUCUCUCUCUGACUUGUGCUUUUGUGUGUCUAUGUGAGUUUUGUGUGUUACUAAAGUAUUCACAGUGAUAAGUCAGGAAGACAAAAAGAGACAGAUAAUGUGACAGGAGUUGGUGGGAUUUUUGACAUUUUCCAAGACCAGAUCUACCAGAAAAAUGACCGGUAGGAGUGGGAGUCAGCUUUUCUAAAAUAAAUCACAUUACAUGUGACCAGUUGACCUAAAACUGAUUUAAAAUAAUAGUACUUAAGUCGACCAAGAAGACACACAUUAUUUGAUCAAUUAUUAAAGUGCCUCUAAAGUUCUUUGUGUGCUCUUUACUUUUUCAACUUAGGAGCACAUGUUCUACUUCUGAAAAAAAGUUAGUGUCAAGCCCUGAGGUAGCGUUUCAUUUUUUUAUUGCGGUGGACUUCAUUUCAAAAUUGUGGCAUUAAAAUACACAAAUGUAAUUUUUCACUUCAGUAAUACCUUACUUCUCAUACUUUUUAUUACUUCCUCUUAUCAAUUUUCUAGGACGCUGUCACCCCAGUUGCCACUCAUGAUGUUUUAGUACUGUGCCACACUCAGUUUUAACCUCAAAUUUCCCAUUCAUUUAAGGUAAGGUAGAAAAAAAUAAUACAUUUUGAGUCCAAGUUUGUAGGAAAAGCAGGUAAACUUCUGAUCCAACUUGGCUAAUUUUUGCUGACUAAAAAACUAUAUAAUAAAAGAAAAUAAUGGUGUAAAAAUCUAAUUAAAGAGAUGAAAAAAUAAAGCAGGAGACACUUGCGUGGUAAGAAUUAAAACAAACUUAUGUACACUCUAAAAAUAGUCUAACCGACCUUACUCUAAGUUUGCCUAACUCAUUUUAUAUCCACAAUCACUGAGAGUUAAAGUGGAUCUUUACCUCUAAUGUGCUUCUAAUCUGCUUGUAAUGCAUCACAAUGCACUUCACGUAAAGUAUUACCACCCACGCCGGCCUUCACCUUGUCUGCUGAGAUUCCACUUCCAGGAGAAGGAGAAUGAGGUUGAGCGGCACCACGAGGAAAAAAAAAGAGGAGGCAAGGAGACAUUUUGAAGAACAAGGUAUUAUUUGUCCUGCCAAUAAAACCCUUUUUUGAAUUGGAUUCAGAAUUGAGUGGGAGAGGGAGAGAGGCGGAAAGAGAAAAGAUAGAGCGAGUGCGAGAGUGGUGGCGGUGGCCCCUGCUGCUGAGCACAUUGAUAGCAGCCUUAAUGCCUGUGAUGCUCCAGCGCCAGCCGAGACAGAGGGGAAUUGGUUGGAGAUGGUGGAACAGGCUUAGAGGGUUCCCUGUGCCAGCCGGCCUGGCGCUGGCUCAACAGAAAGCCCUCUGCACUGCUACACAGUUAUUGUUAUUAUCACAAAGGCCCAGCAGAAGGAGAGGCAGCUCUCGAGUUGGCGGGCUUGGCGCUGGGUUAACCGGGGGCGGGGAAUGGGAAGAGGAAUUUGGAAGGCGAAGGGGGUUGGUUGCUGAAUCUGAGACUAUGCUAAAACUCAUCUGAUCGGCCUGUGAAUGGAGAAAAAAACAGUUGGGAAGUGUCGUUGAGGGCUUGAAUGGAAGGAGGCCAUGCGGAGAUGGACAGAUUUUGAUCCGAGAGAGGAUCAGCGUCCUUGUCAGUCGAUGCCGAGCUACAAAAGGCUUUUCAGUUGAACGCGGGCAGAUAUCACUUCAAUCUGGAGAAGUGCUGGGAUGUAAACAAGGGAUGCACCGGCAGUGGAGGCGGGGUGUUCACUGCUUAAAUGAGUCAUAGCGGUUGGAAUAGAACAUAAUAUUCUCGCCCUCAGCCCUCACACUUCAAUCAGUUGGAAUAAAUCAGCUGGAAUAAUAUGUUGAGAAACUCUCUACAGACGGAAAUUCCAGAGAGAAAACUGAGUCCAGACGCACAACAGUCAGUCAGGCAGGCGGAUCUUGGGAAUUGUGCCUGGUGGUGUGUCGUAAAAUGUCGGCCCUGCACACAUUUUCUCUGUGGUGUCUACCAGACCUCAGGGCUUCAAAAUGUUCUGGAGUCUGGCUUGGACGAUGAGCGGAGAACUUGUCAAAAAACACCCAGUCCUCUGUCCUGGCUGUUCAGACGGUGACUCAGGAACAGGUCAGCACGUUAUGUCGCUCCACUGGUAACAAGGCCUUGAAUGUCCACACCAAGCUCUCAGUCAUCGUCUCUCACUUUCUACCCAUCCCUCACCCUUGAUAGAAACAUUUACAUGGCGCCGCUUACUAAGUCCGUCCCAUUAUUGUAUGGGCAUCAAAUUAUAUUUUGUUGUAUUUAAUACUCUUUACUUUUACAUUGACUGUCAUAUGAUCUUCAUAUCUAUUUUGAUCGUAUCAUACAGGACAGCUAGAGAGAGACAAGAGAAGACAUGCAGCAAGGGUUGAGGCCAACCAGCUACUACGUAGAUAUCAAAGGCUCAUCAUAAGAUAACAAACACAAAAUGAUUUGGGUAUUCUGGUGAUUAUAAUUAUUAAAAAAAUAUAUGUUUUUUUGUCAUGCAGUAAUACCUGAAUGUUGAAAUUGCAUUCAGUUGUGAUAAAUUUCUAGUCAGUGGUCACUAGAGUCAGCUUAAUUCGAAAAAAAAGAUUUCGCCUCGUGCCGCAGUUUGGUAAAACUGAUUUAAUAACAGAUAACCGGUAGUGUUCUCUCAAAGCUCCUGUAAGGAACUUUUGGAUAGUGUCAGUUCUGGGGCCCCAUGUGGUCAAAGUGGUCUUUGUUUAUCUUGUCCUUGACAUGCCUUAACAGUGUCUUCCUAACCUCUGACAGUGAAUAUAUUAUUAUAUUAUUGGGAAUAUCGUAUCUGAAAACCUAAAAAAAUGGGCUAUUUCUGUAGCUGCUCAGUUAACACCUACCCCCCCUCACAAAAAAAUAAAUUAAAUAAAAGAAUCUCAUCGCUAAAGGUCUGGUUUGUUUUGUUUCAUGAUAAAUGGGCAUCAAUUUAAAUCAAAGUCUAUUUCAGAAACAUCAAAAACUCCUCACAUGAGUUUUAAGCACAAUAAAAUUGAAUGAGAGCUGCAGCUCUGUUGCAGACUAAUGGGUGAUAAAGACAUUGUUUCUUCUUGGGUUUAAUUUUUUGAUCCGACUAAAUAAGAUGAGAUAAGAUAAGAUGUUCCUUUAAUAGUCCCACAAGGGGAAAAUCCAAAAUUAUAGCAGCACAGUGAAGAUACAAAUAGAGAAAAAUUAAAAGAUUAAGAAAAACCAACAAUUAGUAUCUUAAUCAAGAUAAAAUUUCAUGUGAGCAAAUGUCAGUACAAAAACAUUCAACAGAUAUUUGAAGUAUUUUUUUAAUUUCAUGAUGCGUCACUACGGUCAUGACGCAAUGUGCAUCUAGGACUUCCUGUACUCAAAAGACUGAGAUUCCUCGCAAACAGAACAUGCGCAGAACACAAAUUAAUAUUUCUUUUGAUAGGAUAUCCCGAUAGGCGUCUACAUGACCAAGUAUUCGGGUUAGAACAGGAGUAACUCAGGGGUGAUUUUCGGGUUCAUAGCAUAUUCCUGAUUUUCAAAGGUGUUAUUGGUGUUUACAGGGCCGUGCACAACCGGGUUAUUGCUAAUAUUCUGGUUAUGGAAAAGGUUAAUGACCGCAUGUAAACGCAGCCACUGUCAGAGACUCUCAAACUGAAGAGGCAGAAAAACUCAUACAAGUGUUGUGCUGAUUUAUGCAGUCCUGUUCGCCUAGACUGACCUCACCAUCAGUAGAAAUAUUAAUUUUCAUGACAAUAAUAAAAGCAAAUAGUUAUUGUUGGGUUAAGAAGGGUUAACUGUAGCGAAAAGGAACUAUAAUAAAUUUCAAAAUAAUAAAGAUAUUUCCAAAUUAAACUAUAGAUUUUUAAAAGUAGUUGCCAUGUGGUUUUCAGUCCAUACAACCUACUCACUAUACAUUAUCCAUUAAACACAUCCCCUGUUGUUAACUUUAUAAACUGUGCGCUGUAAUCAACAUCUGACUUCACAUUUUACAAGUACAUCACACAUCACCACAAACAUAUACAUCACUCACAGAGUUACUUUUGAAGUACAGUCAUCCCGAUAAUCCCAAUCCAUCCAUCACAGCAGCACCAAAGUGAUUAUAAUCCCACUGGAAUCAGAGAAAAAAGCGUUAUAAUGUAAUCAUGCAUCUGAAAUUGCUCUAAAUUUUAAUGUGAUUAAUGACACAGUUGCUUCAUAAAGUAUUCAACCCCCUAACUUUCUGCAUAUUGUACUCAUUAUGCUAUGCACCAGUUUUAAUAAAUCAUCAUGCACUCACAGUGUGUUUAUAAUGGGCUUUCCAUGCCUUAUAAUGCCUUAUGAGCACCACUUCAAGUAAUGUGUUGCCCUGAUUUUUACUGCAAAUGGGAUUAGUUUUUGAGUUCCUGCAUGCGCUAAAAUGGGUUUGAUAGAGGUUUGUAUGGAUCUGAAGAUUCUCUGUGUGUAUAUGUUUGUGAGCGUGUGCAUCUGCUCUUGUUGUUGUGGAGCUAGGCCUGAUGGGAGUCCGGGUCCGGGGGGUACAGCUCUAGUUAAUAAUUCAGAUGAGGCUCAUUAUCAAGGCAGCGCAGAUCUCUCUCUGAUUCCACCUUAAUUGCAGGCAGGAUGUGCCUCUCAGACACUCUCAAAGUCACUCCCCCUCCUGUCUGCAGCUGCAAAUGACUACCACACACACACACACACACACACACACACACACACACACACACACACACACACACACACACACUCACACACACACAGAUCUCCACCGCCUCUCUUCCAGACCUCACCUCUUCACAGCAGUUCCCCUCGCUGAGAUCAGGUCGUCGUGAGCAGGUGAAAACGGACAUUUGGAGAUGAGUAGAUAAAUCUCACUCAGCGCUUAUGACUAUCCCAGAGUAUCGACUCCGAGGCCAGGCAUGCACUCCUUAUUAUGAGUCGCUUAGAUUUUUAAUCAGAUCUUCACGAGGGUUUUCUUCUGUUGGAGGGCUAAGCAAACUAAGAUUGAUGGGAGGUAAUCAGUCAGAGGACAGCAUGCUGUGAUUAAUUCUGUGAGAGUGUGAACCUCUCAGUGCCGCACUGGACAACCCAAGCCACGGCUUCUCAACCCCAAAUUUUGUGUCGAUUUGAGGAGUGGUGGGCGUGUAAAAGUGAGAGAAACACUGCUACUUGAUGAGCUGUUUCCUACUUGUGUUGCGUUUGAAUAAUGGCAUGGUAUUUCACAGUGAAGGUAGGAGUUCCCACGGGAGAUUCUACCGAAUAAUCCAGAUGAAAUUCAGUCACAGUUUGCCAUCCUUACAUGGGUAAAACCUCUCAGCAGAAAGAUGAUAUUAUUUGAACUUACCUGCCACAACUUACAAAUGCCUAAAGCACAUUUUUAAAGAUUUGUUGAGUAUCCUUGAAAGUGAAUGUGAAUAACAAACAUCCAGCCUGCAGCCUUCUUGCUGUUUUAUAAUGCUGAGAUUUCUUACAAGCAUUUGCAACAAUUAGCUGUGGACUGCAACAUAUCCCAAUAAGCACAAAACGGGAUUUGGUGCGGAGAUUCGGUUGUAAACAGGAUGAAAUCAGACUUAAACUUCCAAGACUGAAUUCAGUCCGUUUUAACUUGUUAAAACACAGUUGAAGCAUCAACCUGUCAGAAAACUCAUAUUGUGUUUUGAGUGAAAGCAGGACAGAACUGGUUGUGAUGACAUUUCUCAAAAGUAAUAGUAGCUGAAUAAAACCCUUUCAGUCAGGAACACUUACGUCAAAGAGAAUCAAUUAUUCACGUGAAAUAAGUUACACUUGUCAGAUUGACUUUGUUCUGAGAGUUCCCUGCCCUUCUUUUCCCUUACUCAAAAAGCCAAGCCUGGCAAAAAAAAUGGACAUAGCGUAAAAAGGAAGAGCUAAAAGAGGAGGUUACAACAGAGCGUCCAUGUAUAAGGCAAAAGUGUGUUGUUAUUUUAUUACUGGAUUUAACGGUCACUGUCUCUAUAAGAAAGUUCAGGCUGUGUGCAGAAUGCCUUAGAGAGACUCUGACUAGCCUGGAGACAUAUAGUUUUCUAACCGUGUCCGUUCCCAUUCUUCUUUCUGCAUCAUUUUUUUAUUUGUACACCUUGGAAUAAAGUUGUUUGGUGUUGCACUAUAUAACGGGCUGGGAGUGGAUAACUGCAGUGGAUGAGAAGGGAGACACGUGUAAGCGAGGACAACAAGCCAGAAGCAAUUUCGUUUGUAACAGUCCAUUUGACAUUUGCCUAUUGGAUACACAGGAGGAUCAGCUGAUCUUGGCUGGCGUUGAGAUCAGCUGAUGUACCUGAGUUUGACUUCGUGACCUCCCUGAAUGAACACUAUUCUGAAUAUCACAAGUGUAUUGGUGAAUGAUGUUCACGGAAUAAUUCAAGACAUUGUAAACAAAGUGGUUUUACCAAAGUAAAACCUGACUACUAAGGUUGACAUAGUUGACAGAUGGAGGCGGCUGGUGAAAAUGAGUGAUUUAUUAUUUUUUUUCAUUGGUUGCUGAGAUUUAAUUCACACUUUUUCAACAAUUGUAGUUGUGUCCCACAUAAGAUGAGACUUUACAAAGCGCCAAUAAGGUUGUUGAUGUAAAAACUGUGGCAUCUGCAUGGAUUCGACCAAUAGACUGUAUAUAGAAUGGACGCCGUCUGCCUCCUUGCUGGGUGAAGCCACCCUGAGAACAGCACCCUCUAGUGACGGGCUGCAGUAUAGGUCAUAAAUCCCGCCUCCUCCAUCAAUCCCUAUGAAGCUGUGGGCAAAUUUUAUAAAUUUAUCACACAGAACAUAAACUUUUCUCCCCCCUGGUUGCGAUGUUGACAUUUAGUUACUGUAAAGUUAUUAGGGGGUUCUUGUUUUCUAUGAUUGACACCUGAUACAGCCUAUGGGCAUACAAAGAUUGCGUAGCUCACCUGGGGGAUACGCUGUUUUAGCUGAGUGUCAUCACAGCGACUGUCCCAUCCAAUGCGUACAACGCUACUACGCAAGUGAUGAAGUGCGUUCAGCGCUACUGCGCAAUGUUGGUUUCAGGACAUGGAGAAAAAUCGCGGAAAUACUGAGAGCUUUUUGGCUUCAAAUCUGUCUACUGUCGGAAGGCGGAGCCAAGUUGUCCAUAGUAUAUACAGUCUAUGGUUUUGACCUUACAUAACAAUGCAGAGGUCUCAUCUAUUGUCAAAUAUUAACAGUAUAGACUGAAAAUUUUGUGGUUUAGCAGGUAGAAAUAAAAACUGCUACACAAUUUUGUAAAUUAAAAAAUAUAUAUUUCAGAUUAAACAAGCAAAUCUAAAAGUUAAAAGUGGUUAGGUAUGGAACUACAAACAUUCAGAAGAAAUUAGGAAAGAAUAUUUUCUGCUCUGGUUGAAAUGACUGUAUGUAUUGAGGGAAAGGUAACCUUGUUGUUGCAGGACAUGGUUUCAAAGCUACUCUUCAUCAUUUAACAGUACAGUGCUAUCAAUCACCAUUGAAACCAUUAUUCUCAGUGUAGUUCAAUCAUGUUCAGGUGAUGUUCAGAAUCAAUCAAGUCACAGUCAUUUGCUGGCAAUUGGAUCCAUUUUCAUUAAAGAUGUCUGUAAUUGCACUUUGAUCAGAGUUGAUAAAAGCCAGUUAAAAAUGAAAGCCAUUAGUGCCUUAAGAGCAGAUCAUUUCCCGUGUUUUAACCAGAGUUCUCUGCUCGCCGUCUUUGUGAGAAGUCUGUUUCGAGCAGUUGCCACACUCGGGAAGGUGUCUGCUAACGAUGUCAAGUUCAGCGCCUACACAGAAAAAGAACAUGCCUACUGUCUAUUGUCAGCACAAAGACGGGUCAGGGAAGAGUUUUUUCACUUCAUGAAUAUUCAUAAGUCCAACGGCAGAUUUGGACAAAUUACAAUAAAAGCCUUUCAAGCUGGAGCUGAGUGGAAAUCACUUACAAUCUAGUUGUUUUGGAGAUUAUUAAUCAAAAAUCAUUAAAUUGCUUUCGGUCACUGGUAAGCAGAUUUGUGUGUGUGUGUAAGUGAGUGUGUGUGUGUGUGUGACAGCUUUCUAAGGGUAGUCCAGGAGGCAAACAAAGGUUAGCAGUGUAAGACGGCCUCUCUGUGGAUUUCUGUGUCAGAUUGAUGAAAAUAGGUCAGGAUUCAGAGCUCGGCGUUUAGCAUUCUGCCCAUGUGACGACUGACGCCGAGCCUGACGACAGCUAGCCUUGAAUGAACUCCAGACUCCUCUCUGUGCCCCCCCCCCCCCACUCCCAUCAGCACCACCCCUUUGCCUUCCUCCACUCCUGUGUAAUCUCAACUCUGUCCUGUCAUUCUCUGUCUCCGUCCUUGCCUUGGCUUCCAUCGCUUCCAGCUAACGUAGAGACAUUCAAAUCUGUGGCUGUAGAUUAAGCCCACUCCUGCACAGAAAUUGCACUUAAAUCCAUGAUUGUCUGCGUCUGGUAGAAUUUAUUAGAUUUAGAAGUACUUUUGAGUCUUGUAGUCUCGCUUUCCAGAGAGAAAAUAGAUGUGCUGCAAAGUUUUAUGAGGAUAAUAUUUCAGCCGUGGCCAGCAGUGACCUAGCUUAGCAUAAGGUCCACAGUAUGUUUGGUCACCACUAGAAAGGCUUGAUUUAUUAUUCUCCCACAGAGCACGCCCUCAUCUCUCAUGACUGCCGUGCUUUAAAGAUGACUCUCUUAAAGGUGAAUUCACUUACAGAUGAGCCACUUUAGCUGCAUCUGAGGCUGUUCAAUUGAGUCACCGCUACCUCCUCUAGCCUCAUGUGGGGAACUGGCUGCACAAAUAAUGGGCAAAUACAGAGCUAACAAGAAGAACAGAUGAGUGAAGAGACUGCUGCGAGGUCAAUUCGGUUAAGUGAAUUUUCUGAUAAGGUUGAUCUGUGUCCAAUGAGAUUACCCAAACUGACAAAGGUUGUUUCGUAGCCUUCGAAACACUCAGAGAGAGGUUGGCUGUCUUACUUGGGUAUUAGCCAGCAGCUGAUUUGAAAACAAAGCUAAUGCUACUCUGGAUGCGGGUUGCUGACAGCGUAGUUUACAAGUCAACAAGAACUAGCCUAGUUGCCUUGAAAGAUGGACCAUCAAAUGUAUAAUGAAAAUGAUCAUGACUUUCCUUCACUGCCACUACUAAGCUUUGUUUAAGGGUGCUCCAAAGAGACCUAUGUGAAUGGAAGACUGCAGACUGUCUCAUAUUAGCUGGGACAUCCUAUAAUUCAAACAGUGGCGGCUGGUGAGAUAAAUAUUUGAGGGGGUGUAGUUGUAGAGAAGACAAACGGCCCAGGCGCUUCAUAACCAAUACUGCAGUUUCAUUUGCAUUUGCAUAAGAAACUUAUUAUAAAAGUCAAACUGCAUUACAAUAAAUUCAAUAGAUGAACGCAAAUCAAUGAUUAAUGUUUUUUUAGUCAGAAUACCUUUGGAUGGCGGCCGUCUGUAAUCACCAUAUUGUCACACUGAGUCAGAUGAAGCUCAAGCUAACUUCAGUUCGUUCGUGCCAACUGAGAGGUGAAUCAAAGCUGCUUUUUGUCUCCAGUACCAAGGUGUCGUGAGAAGAUAGGAGUAGGAACUAUGAGUUGAGGCCAAUAUACACAAUUUCAUUACUUUAGUUUUCACACUUUGUGACACACUCUGUUAGAGCAAUUCUGAACAAGUAUUGCACAUGUUUUUACAUAUUCUGUUGGUCUGGUCUGUAAUAGAAAAAUGUGUUGUAAAAAUUCUUGUUGUUUUCAUAAUGGCACCAAAAUAAAUGAUAUUGCUGUAUUACUUUUUCCAUCAAUUUUUUUAGGCCAUUUUUUGUCCAGAAUUGCAACAGUGAUGGUAUUACAUUCACCACAUCCAGUCAUUCAAAACCAUCUCUGUGUGUUUGUUCUUGUCACCUGGCUGCUGCUGAAUUGGUAACUCUGGUUGUUCUGGCCCAAUCUCCCUUAUCUACUUUUUUUGUUCCAUUGUACGCCUCGUGAAAGGGUCACCUUUUUUCAGAAAAAACAACCAAAUUUUCCCUGGAUGGGCUUUAAGUUGCAAUUACCAGCAGAAAACCAAGACUAUGUGUAGCUGUGUCUGUGGAAGUAGUCAUCAUUUACUAUUCAUUGUCUGUGAAGUUACAAGUGUAGAUAUACCCAUUCCAAAGUGGCAAAUCCUGUUAUUGUAAACUGGUGGCUCACUGGAAUUAUCGAUAAAAAUAUGGAUAAACCGACAGAAAGAAAAGAGCUCGCUGUUACAACAAGCAACUAGAAGCAAAAAGACGCUGGGUUAAGGCGGUCAGUGGCGACUCAACAAAAGCCUUUUGCACUUCAGGCUGUUGAUAAUUUUCAAUAGGCCACAGAGGUAGCACAGCAUGCUGCUACAGAGGUGCACAAGAAGGCCAUGUAACUAAAAGGUAUGAGCAAUAAUGGUGCGUUUUGUGUCACAAAAGACUGUUUGAAGCUGUCAAGAGUGGUAAGAAACCAUUGAAAGAGUGAACCCAGUGAGUCAUGCCUCUCUUUUAGAUUUUAAAAACCUUUUUUUGUUGUUAUUUUUCAUUGUAAGGCCUCAACCUGUGAUUGAGCUUUUCAUUUAUGCCAAGCUUUGUCAAAGUAGAGUUGAGGAACCGUCACGGGUCAACAAGAGGACUACAGGAGGAGCCAGGUUUGACAGUGGAAUUAUUUAUUUCCACCACACAAACUUCGUCCUCCAGUAGCACAAUACAGACUAUGAAACUUGGGGCUGUGGAAGGUUCACACGAAUGAUCAUUUUGACAAGCUUAACUGGUCGCAGAUUUUGGUAACAGCUUCAUCAUGCCACAAGUGUAACAAAGACUGGUCUGAGACCUUUCAAGUAUAUAUUGUUAUCCACGUUUCCAAACAUUCUGCUUGCAUCUUGUUGACCUGAAGGAGAGUCCAUGUAGGGUAAUAACAAAGCACAACAUAUUUUGGGAGCCUGAGCGAUGUUAGACAUGGGUACAAGGUCCUUGUUGGGGAUGGUUGUUGGAGGCCCAUUGCUCCAGAAAUCCAAAUCCAAAAAGUAUUCCAAGGUAUUUGAGUGACACAGCUCAACCAAACUAAAGGCUGGCAUGGCUGGGUAAAGAAAAUCACCCUAACAGUCUGUGGUAAUAUUUGUCAGUUUAGAGGUCUCUGAAAAAGGAAAAAAAAAUGAGACAAUCUUCAAGCAAAGGAAUCAAAUAUUCAAAAAGUAUGUGACUAUCUCUAAAAUUGAGAAAAUUUUGACAAAUUUUUUGCUUGAUUUCUUUUCCACUCACCCUGAUUUGCUGUUGAACUUUAGCUUGGGAUCUGGCAGGAAAAAUCCAGGUAAAGUCUGGGUGGGCUGUUUGCAUUCACAUAUACAGUCGACUCUGAAUGAUGCUGGAAUUUUUCCAGAGUUUUGUGAAUAUGUUAAUAGAGCUGUAACAAAAAAGCUCCCUGAGAACAUUAUUUUGGUGGUUUUAAGUCUUUGCAUGACUUCAUCGUUUUUCUUGACCACAGGGUCUUCAUACUUUGCUUUCUGACUUCAGCACUGGCACAAGAGGGUAACGUACAUUGUCACAAUAUGGGCCUCUGACCAAGCUCGGUAUUGGGAGGCUUGGGUGUGAAGUACAUAAUUCACUUAAAGUGGCACGCUGGGGAUCAUCAAGUGCUAAGGAUUUUUCUUGCCCCUGGGCUUCUUAAGAGGUUAAUCCGGCCAUGCUAAUAACAUACUGUAAUGAGCGUCAUAAUGUCUGUUUACUUUCACAGAGGACUUUGCCGCACUUAUAGAAGUAUGUAAGUUUAAUGUUUGCACAUAGCUGUACACUUGUUUUCAGGUUCAUGAUCAGCAAAACUUAUUUUCCCAGCAUCCUCCUCUUCUUCUCUCAGCCUCUACCCUAUAUAUGAGGUGUUGGGCUGCACCUCACUUGCUGAUUUAUUGUUCCUCUGAAAGUCUGACUUCAUCAAAUCCUUGAUACCGCUAGUCAUAUAUACUGUCUUUGAUGAGUGCCACCGAAGUCGAUGUGCAGAUUUAAUAGCAGCAUUAAUCUGCCUGUGUAAUGGUGUUGUUGAGUGGAAGGUGGUCACCACAAGAUGCAGCACUAAAAGAUGAGUUAUGAGCCCAGCCGGCGAACGAUGAAAGGGCAAAAUGCAAAGCAGCUGAGAUGUGGAGGAGAGCGGGGGAAUUAAACAAGGUCUUCACAUACUCAGUACACAGGGGAGGACGGGUAUCGACUGGAGCUAGUUACUGAGAAGCUUGUGAAAAACUGACUCCAAGACAGGGCUGUCAAAGUUAGCGGCAGGUUGUCAUGUGUAGCUAGGUGUUGCCAAACACAUGCUUGAGGUGAGAGUUUAUUUCAGCUAAUUUAUAUGAGAACACGUGAUAAUAAGUUCUCAUGUGACAUUUGAUCGAAACAAACAAAAAUGCUUAUUUUCUCAUCUCUUCAUAUCUCCGUUUAGCUAAUGAGCUAAACUGAAUAUCACACUUCUUUUUCAGGUAUUUUCCAAAACAAUUAACAGGGUGACAGGUUGGUUUUGUAAUUAGGCCCGGUGAGCGCUCUCUGCCAUGUCUAAUUGGUUGUGGGUAAGGUUGCUCCAGCAGACUAAAAUAGGGACAGGCCUCAGUCAUUUAUUGAGUUCUUACCAAGUUUAAUAAAAGUUCAGUGUUGUGAAGUAACUUUGCACAUUUGUGUAGUUAUUGUACAUGACAUACUGGUUUUCAGAGCCGGCCCAAGCCUCAAUGGGGCCCUAAGCUAAAUUUGAUUUUGGGGCCCUCUAUUUCUGCCGAUAAUAUUGAUUGUUGAUCAUUCACACUUCUUCACAAAUCUCUUUGAUUAUCAUUCCAUGACAUGCAAACAUACCGUUAUCUUGGCAUUUUUUCUCUUCUUCCUCUUUCUUUUCUCUGCUCCCGAAGGAUAUUUUUUUGCGACAUUGUUUUGUUCCACAACUACCUUCGCUUUGGAUGCUCAGUGCACAUUACACAGCAGAAGGCACAUAACAGUAGCGGAGCUUUGACAUAUUGGCAGUAAGAGACAUAGGCCUACUAAAAUAUUUUUACUUUAUUUUAUUUUCACAAUAAUAUAUAUUUGAUUGUACAGAAAGCAUCACUCAUACAUGCAAAAAAUAGAAAUAUAUAUUUUCUUUUGAUUGCUCUUGGGGGCCCCCUAUUGGUCGCGAGGCCCUAAGCAGGUGUUUCGUUUGCCUUAUUUUGCUUAUGCCUUGUAUGUGUGUUAAAUGUCCUGAUAAAAUCAUAUUAUGCGUUUAUUUCACUGGACUACCUACUACUGUAACUUUUCUCAGUCUCUCGGCUAUAAUUCAUUUAACCAGAACCCAAUCUUUGUCUAGCUAUAACAGAUGUCCCAAGUUAGUUUAUGGAAAUUGUCAGUCUGGUUACUGAUAAUCUGGUUUUCUUUCUUUCCUCUGUUUUAUACAGAGGUAGGCACAGUAAAUAGAAAACAUAUUUGCCACUCAUCCAUUAACAGAGACUUUGAUAACAGUGAACCCAUUUAAUUUAAAAAGUUUGAGGAAGUUAACGUUAACAUUAUACCCUGUUGAAAUUUGAUUGCUCAAAUCUCUUUUGCUUCUGCUCGAGUUGUCUGUGAUCCAUCUUGAUGUUAAACCCAUUUUUUAACCUCAAUGAAAAUGCCAAAGAAGAUGGGAAUUCAGGCUAUUUUUAGAGCUCCAGAUCAUUUGACUCAGCUGGAAGGGCCUUUCUAGGAUGACAAAUGACUCUUCAUAGUGUCAUUCAUGAACAACAGCUGUCUUUAAGGGCUAAGUUAUUCCUGAUGGAGACUUGCAUGCCCCUAGCUCAGCAUAGAUUUCUCCUGCCAGAGUGCUGAAUUCCUACAGUGAUGCAAAAUGAUCUAAGAAAUCUAAUUAUAGUUAAAGCUAUAGGUUAUGAUGAUAAUCUUUUAAUUUAACAUUUGUGUUAAAGGUUAACUUAUAAAAGGUAACACAGAUGAUUAAGGAGGUACAAGUGUACUCUCAGCCUAGUCUGGAAAAUAAAUCAGUCAUUUUCAGACUUAUUUCACAUAGUGUAAGACCAAUGCUAGAGGGUACAGAAGCACAGGUGUGAUGCAGACGCUUCAUUGUCCCUCUUUGGAUGCAUGCAUGUUUAUUUUCAUUGUUUGAUGAGAAGACGUCAGCCUCACUUAGAUCUCCUUCACUAAUUUCAUUGUUAAACCACCACUGUAUCUUGUAGUAUAAAUAUAAAGUCACAUGUUUUAGUUGACUUCGGCUCUAAUGUCCCAUGAUGCUGCAUUAAAAGGAUAUCGACUAUCAUAAUAAACCAUGUUCACUGUGGAGGUAUUGACAGGCGUGAUGGCAACAGUAAUGGAGCUGAUGGGAGGACACGGGAGGACAGGAGAGUGUGGUUGCGUGACCGAGCCGUGCGCAGGCGCGCGCUUGUGUAUGUAAUUCUCGUAAGAUGGAUAUUAAAGACGCAGCUCUAACCGAGGCCUUCACUCCGUCCCCCCUCUCUCUCUCUCUCUCUCUCUUAACUUCCCCUUACUCCCUUUCCCUCUCUUCCCCUUUCGCUCUCCGUCUCUGCUAAUGAUCUGCUCCGCCUGUCGCUGCCUGGCUGACUGAUGCCCACUGACAGCCCCACUCAUGCGGAAAGGCUGCACCCCUCCUCCCCUACACACACACACACACACACACACACACACACACACACACACACAAAGUAAUGAACUUCUACACAUCCUAAUGCUACAUAUUUGCUAUGCAUGUGUGACACACAUGCCACAUGCACGCCAGCUUGCGUAAGCACUCACAGUGAGACGGAUAGAUAUGCAUUAACAAAUCACGCCCAUUUGUUCACUCACAUGUCACUAAACAUAUAUGUAGAGCAGAGGACAAACACACAAACAACAGAAGCGCAGUAUAGCACACAUCCCCACUUUCUGUAGCACCCUCAUGGAGCAGCUGACUUUCUAUCCAUGCAUUUUUAUGCAAAUGAUGACAUAUUGAAUUAGACAGGCUGAAUGGAAAGUGGCACAUUUCAGUGAAAUUUCCACUCUGACACAAACUAGUUUUUUGCUUGCUUGAGGCAGAAAAGUUUAAAUAAAGAAAUAAAGUCAUAAAAAGAGUUGUGGAUGUAGUAGUUAUAUGAAUGAUGGUGCAGGUUUGACAUGAUAAAUGUCUGUUGAGGAAGUGGUGCCAUUUCUGUCAAAUCUCUCUUUGAUACAGCUUUACAGACACAGCUUUGCACUGAUAACACAUAGUUUGCAUCUUAGUUUCUUAAGUUUACUUUAAUAUAAGUGCUUAAAAAGUUUAUUGAUUAGCUGAAAACUGAGAGGGAGCGAUAUGAGGUAGUUCCAGUUUAAAGAUUUGCUGCUUUUCUUUACCUCAAUACAAUGUCAGCUGGAAAAAAAUAAAACACACUGAACCACCAAGUCCUCGACUAUUGAUGUUUUCUAAUUAAAAAGGCUUUAUGUGAAAAUACAUUAUGCUAAGGAAAAAUAUAAUCAAUAAUCUAUUAAUUAUGUAAUGACUGGAGGAAACUCCUUUUGAUUUAUUGUCACAUCCUGACUGUAAAAAUUAUAAUUUUCCUCAUUAAUUUGGUGCAGCCUUAGCUCAAGCUUAUUACCUGGCAUUACUUCAGGGAAGAAGAAUAAUUAAUAACUUUUUGAUGAUUUGCUACAAAGGGCCAAAAUAAAAAUCACACUGCUAACAAAAUAAAGACACAAAACAAACCCAUACGACUAACUCUUAUCCACUCUACAGCAAUGUCAUUAAAUAUUAUGAUUGAGUUCAUAUCCCAGAAGCUUCAGUUUAAGUUUAGUCUAAAGGCAUGCUUGUGUGAAACAUAAGUGCUACCUGUGUGACAUCAAGAAUGUUAGAAAAAAAGGAUGAAAGAUGGGACAAAAAAAAAGGCAAAAAACAAACAAAAACAAAGAUUGCGUACAUGCCAUACUAUGACUUCUAAACUUAACUCCUUGGUGAACCACAAUUUUUUGGACUUUCUACUGGUUGCUAUCACCCUUUCCCAUCCUCCUCAUCGUACGGUUUCUCAUGAUAUUUCAUUAAAGCACCUAAAAUACUUAAUCAAUAGCACACUAUAUGACAGUUGCACCCUUACAUGUUAGCAUCAUGUCAUGCUAACUUGUCCCUUUUGCUGGAGAGUGAGUGACUAGAACCAGAAGUACUCAAAGCAACUGUAUGAAGUUUAUAUAAAUUUGUUUAGAUGCAUGUGCACCUUGUGUGAGUCAUAAAUGUGUUUAUUUCAAUAAAUGUAUGUUAUGAAAAUCAGUGUUAUCAUCUUUAUUAACUGUAGAAGUUAAAAAUACUACUCAUAAUUCACUGAUAAUGGCCGCAGAAUACACUGGUGGGAAAUUAGAGAAGUAAGAAACAAAUUUUACUUAAAGUUCCUGUGAGGAAAUUUCAGUUUGAGACAAUUUUGCUGCCCCCUGUGGACAAAGGGGUCUUUGCUUUUCUUGUUCUUUAUAAGAAAGGAAGGGAAAGUGGGAUAAAUUAAGCAUCUGAACAUGUCUGUAUUGUAGUUUUUUCAUGCAGUGAAUACACCAUCUUGGGUAUCACUGCUUCCAGCAUUAUUUUUGACUGUAUAUGCAUCUUUAGCUUAAGCUUGAUUUUCACUCCAGGGAUCAAUACAAAUUCAUCUUACCGCGUGAAAUAUUAUCUGACACUACGUAUUUCUGCGUUUUCAUUAGGAAAAUUAACAAAAAAAGUAUAAAACGUAGCCGCUUUCUCACAUUUCAUUACACCUUUUAAAAUCUCACUUUGAAUUCACUCGACGAUUCGACUCAAGGACCCACUUCACUUUCAGCUGUCAACUCUGAUCCAAACAUUUUCAAACUCUGCUGCUACGGGGAGAUUUUUUCCUAAACACUAAGAAUCAUUUAUGCUCAUAUUAGCCAAUUUAGGAUAAGGCAGAAAUCUGUUUUGUUGUGUUCAGGAAUGAUUGUCACCACUUCACACAUUUAAUAUCACCUCCAAAUUGCAGCUUGUGGGUGUUUCCCACUUUUUGACGAAAAGAAAGAAAACAAAAUCUCUCUAUUCUUUAAUUAGCGCUCUCUCUUUCCCAGUAUUCUCCCUCUGCUCUUCCUCUUAAUUAACUCCUACCAACAAUAAACAGUCGUGCAUAUGGAUAUCUGAUCAAAAUAGCUUAUUUGAAUCAAUGCAGGGUAAUUUAUUCUCAUGGACAGCCUGCGUGGUAUUGAUCCGCUCUACAAUCAAUCCAUUAUAUAUCACUUUAUGACUUAUUCCUAUUUGAUUUGUAAUAAAACAGCGAUAUAUCUGAAGUGCGCUCUGCACAGUCCCGUCUCAGCCUCUCAGCAUCAGCGGUCUGCCAGGGGACUUUCAGGGAGGUAAGAAAUGAGGUCACUAAGCAGCACUCAGAUGCAGGGCGACACCCCUGGGCUCCCCUCGGUCCCCGCCUGCACACAGCCCUCAAUCCCCCAGCUGAUGGCUCAGCCCUGCCAUUACACUCAGCCGGGGUUACGCAAGGCUCUAUGAGGCCUGCCGGCUCCAGCACUGAUUAGAUCAGGAGAUGUGGCCAGGUACUUCAGUGCUGUAAGAAAUAUCUGGGCUGGAGACCAAAUAUGAGGCAGUUAUAGACUAUUACAGAGCAUAAAUUCUGUUAUUUUAUGCCAAUUCAAAGCGUUUGAAGGAAGAAUCAUUAUUUAUUCAUGCUUUACUCUUUAGAAUAAAAGCUUUUACUUAUACACAACAAUAGAUUUAACCGUAAAGGUAAGUUUUAAUCCAGUGUGAAGACCAACUUCAUGUUUGUCAGGCCGAGUCUCUCUUGUUAGUCACAGAGUAAUAAUGGUCAAGUUAUUAAUUAAUGCUCAUAACUUUUUCAGAGUAUAAUGGGCCAUCAAGUCUGCAGAUAUAAAUUAUUUGAUGCGAUCAAAAUAAACUUUCUGCAUAUUUGUAAUUAAUUAGUUUUUUUCUGCAGAACCAUAAAAACCCUCUUGCUUGUUAAAAAGUAUUUGGGUUUUAUCAACGCUCUAGUUUUUCUAAGUGAGUAUAAAUCAGUGUAAUCAAAACAGCUAUGUUGAAUUUGAUAUUUUGAAAUUCUAUCACUUGUAAGAUUUUAUCUACAAAGUUGCCUCAUAUCUCCAGCAUGCUGAAAGUCAGUCAGAUUGACUAAGAAAGAUUGAGAUCGUUUUGGUAGUAUUGGCGGGCAUUAGAUGGUAGCCCGCAGCACAAACCCUUUAGAUAUCCGUCUUAUCAGGAAACAGCAAAUACAACUUCAUCAUAGGCAAAAUAAAGAUGUUUGUAAGUGACUUCUUUUACCAUAUAACUGUCGGAAUAAAAGAGUAGUGUGGAAACAUUGGGAGUCUUUCUGCAGAUAAAGCUGAUUUGCUUUAAAAGGAGUUUGUUUGUUAUGUAUUUUUCGGACUAUAGGGCGCACGUAAAAUCCUUAAAUUUCCUCAAAAAUUGACACUGCGCCUUAUAAUCCAGCGCGCCUUAUGUAUCAUUACUUGUUGUGCUUACUGUCGACUUUAUGAGGGACAAUGCGCUCAAAAAUCUGUCGAAAUAUGUAAGUACAACUUCGGUAAGCGACGAAGCCACUCCGCUCAAUGGAUAUUCGGAGCAUUACAGUAUGUUGUAUCACGACCUGAUCGGCCCGUAACAGGACCCCUGAGAAGCCUACAGGACUGCCUGACUGGAAUGUCUAAACUAAAAGUGCAUUCAUGAAAGGCAGCCUGGACCCGGCGUAUGCGCAAGCAACAAUAAACCAAUCAAUGCUUAAUGAGCCUUACAAUCUGGUGCGCCUUAUGUGUAAACAUAGACACGUCAAUUCACAGUGCGCCUUAUCGCCGAAAAAUUACGGUACAUCUAUUCAAUAUUUUUCAUGCUUGUAAAAAAUAUAACAAAUUAAUCCCACAGUUGACCAUUUUUCCCAUAUAUUUUGGUCAAGAUCUGCACACAACUGGCAUAAAACAUCGGUAAGCUCUCUGCACUGUACUUUGCCAAAGGGGACUGCUUGGUGGAAACACUAUUAUACUCAUAUCAGUGCAGUACUUUUACAUAUGUAGGUCCUUAUAAUCUGAUAAUCCUGUCUGGAUUCACAACUCCAGAACAUGAAAUACUUGACACUGAUCUGCAAGUAGUCAUGGCUUCAUUAUCAUUUUUUUAUUGCACAUGGUAAAGUUUUUUUUUUUUUUAAGUUUAUGGAUAUCUCUCUUUUACACACUAUUACACAAUUGCACUCCCUCAUUAGGCGUGUGUAAGCAGCAUGAUGAAAUCCUGGUUGGUGAAGGGCAACAUGGAGGGAGAAUAACAUCCUAGCAGAAACUUCUGGCACUUUCUGCCCUUCAAACAUGCAUUCAAGGCUUUCCAUAACUCAAAGAGAGGAGCCGUUACUAAAGAUUGACACUCGCAAAAACACCCUCAACAUAAAGAAAAAUGAAACCAAUUUCCAUUUUGUUUCAAUUAACAGGACAGUUUCGAACUCUGUUAGCUACGGUUGGACCGUCGACAACAGUGAAGUUAGUUCUCGGUUCAGCGAAACGCGACGCUGCUUAGAUGUGCGGUGGGAACAACUUCAAGCCUCUAAUGAAGUUUCUUGUCGACUCUUUGAAAGACUGAACGCUCUGCAAUACUCCACCCCUCAGCUACCAGCUUGACCCCCCCCCCCCUUCACUCGCACAUACACACAUGUGCAGACGCUCAAACUCACACAAAAAACACACAUUCCAGCAUCUCCAUUAGCAAUUCAUGAGCGGCGUCUCAUUAGACUUUAAGUUUUACCAUAGGCCUCUGAAGUAUAUGGCUGGAGCAGUUAUUAAUAUUUCAUAGUCUCCCAUUGAGGAGCUAAAAACGAAGUCAACCCGCUUCCGCUACAAAGUGACUCUCGCUCCUCUUUUUUUUUUCUUCUCGUCUUCUACUUUUACCCCCUCUUUUCCCUCUUCGUUAAGCUCUCUCUCUCUCUUCCCCUCUCUUCGUCGUUCGCUCCUCCGCCGCCGCUGCCGCUUCUCGCUUUUCCGAUCCUUCUCUGCCACAAAGACCUUAACUCAAACUGACUUAAUUGGGCUGUCUUUGUUCUGGGAAAUGUGGGCAUACCUUCCCCUUCUCCCCAUCGGAGAAGAGAAAAGAGAAGUAGAAAGUGAAGAAGGGAGGGAAACGACAGAGGAGGCGGGAAACGAUGGAGGAGAAACCUGAGUGAACUCGCGAUUGCUCUACGAGUACUCCCUGUGCCAUGCUUCGGUUAGGGGGGCAAAAGGGUGAGGAGUGGGGGGUGAGGGGUUUAGAACGAGAUAAUGUGUGUGUCUGUGUGUGUCUGUGUGUGUGUGUGUGUGUGUGUAGAGAAAGAAAAGGAGGGGAGUCUCGAGGGUUCACGGGGUGUCUGUCAGACUGGCAGACAGGAGCUCUGCCCCCGAAACAAACCCAUGCAUGAAUAAGUCAAUAAAGCCAUGUCUGUGCACUGUGUGUGUGUGUGUGUGUGUGUGUGUGUGCGCAUGUGUGUGUGUAAGAGAAAGAGAGAUACGCAGUGAAGGGGAGGGAGAGCAGAGCAUCAGAUGAGGAUGAGUGUGAUGAAGCUUCUUGUUUCCCAGCGUCUGUGACAAUGAGACAGACGCCACAUACCCUCACAAUGAGAAACAGACUGAGGGAGAGGAAGAAGAGAUGAAGAGUGAUCAAAACCAGAGCGAGGCAGAGGAGCACUUUGAAUUGGUUGGGACAGUUACAGCGUGUUUGCACGUUGCAAGAAAAUUUUGUUGGAAGCAAAACUAUGUGGGAAUAGCAGCGCAGGCCUCAAACGCAAACCCGAAUAAACCCAGAUGAACCCAACUGAACCCCAUCGGUUUUCACGAACACGAAACUGUUGUUUGAAGGAAACCUAAGACCCCAAUUUUCUCUCUUUUUUUAACAAUAAGAAGAUAGAAAUAUGGUUUGGUAUAGAAAAAAUGUCAAUACCGCUAUAAAAUACAUGCAUAGCAUCAGUCAAAAUGUUGUCAAUUUAUGAAAGGACAAUUUAUGGUACUUUUCAGAAGGACAGGAUCCCUCCGGUUUCCAAAUACUGUAUUCCAACUGACAGAAGAUUUGAGGCUUCUGGUACAAAAGCCUUUUACAGCAGGGGAUGUGGCAAAGCUGGGAACACAUCUGUAAAUCAUGUACAUGAAUGACACUACGAAGGGCUGUUUGGGAGCUAAAGGAGCUUCUUCAUGCUGAGCCAAAUGAUCUGGAUCACUAGAAGAGCCUCAAUUCCCAUCACUAAGAGCAUCUAUGACGAGGAUAGACAACUUGAGCAAGAGAACGCAGAUUUAAAGUAACCUGUGGAUAUAAUGGAUAUUCAUGGGGACCCUUUCCAUUCCUGUUUUGUACCCAAAGAAUGAGAGAUUUGUACCUGUGUAAGAGCUGAGGUUGAAUGGAAACAUUUUGGGCAUUUUGGACAGGUAUAGAUGUAGACACAUAGAUACCUGGUUGAGGAUCUGAUCUUAGCUUCUUGCCAUUGCGUGCUGUUUGGAGUCAUGCUGUUAUUACAAAUGGUUUGGCAUUGUCUUGUUGAAAUGUGUCAGAUAUAUCUUACAGAGGACAUAGUCUGGAUGGCAGCUCAUGUUGUGUCAAAGCCUGAAUAUAUCGUUCAGCAUCAACAGUUCCUCCCCUGACAUAUAAGCUACCUAUGCCAUGGGCACUUUUGCAAGCUGAGGGGUCCAAGGCGUCCAUGAUUUCCAAAAAGAGUGACAGAUUUUAUACCGUCAGACUGCAGAGUACUGUACCUUAUUAAGAAUUAUGUGGGAGUAAAUGAGAAAAAAAAGUCUAAUGUGGAGUUUUUUUUACAUCAGGUGAUUCCAAGUUCAGUGCCACAGCAUUUACACUUCUGAGGAAUUCCAGUUUAACUGGCAGUUUCCACCGCAUCUGGGAACGGCUACAAAAAGGCCGUAUCCGCUGAUCGUAUCUGAUCGUAGCCAUUCAAGUCAAUGUGUCAAUUUCCGUUCUGCUGCGGAUUGCCGGACUCCGCAGUUGAUCGCAAGAGUUCUGUUUUUUCUGGAUGCCGGAGAAUGUGGGAUAAAUUCAGCUCAGAUUAGUCCGUGCUGGAAAGAAAGUUGGGCACAGAUACAAAAUAAAACACCCAGCUUCUUUUCAAAAUAAAACACUCCAUGUUUCAGGUGGAUUGUAUUCUACACCAUGCAAAUGGGAGGGGACGAACAAGUGAAAGGUCUAUAUUCAGCAUUUUAUAUCAAUGACACCUUGGAUGAGGAGAUGCUGACUCUAUAAGUCUAGAAGUGUUAUCGCGCGAUUGCACAUGAAUCUGCAGGUUCUUGUUAGUUCUCGUGAUUCCUGCUGUCCAUAAUCCGCCAUGAAAUUCGCCUCACAAACGGAUCCAGUAGGCAUUGGCGUACAGCGAAAAUUGCAGCUGUCCUGGAUCGGAGCCGUUCCGGAUACAGUGGAAAUUCCGGGUAUUUCUCUUCUUUGUCUCAUGAAGUUCCUGUUCGCAACUGUAAGAACCGUAACUGGUCACAACCCGAGGAAGUCUUUUACACCUGGUCUUCCACAGAGUUGACAUGCCUGCUGUCAGUGGCUACCCAUGUAGCAAGCACUGUCACUAACUUCUUUUAGUUUAACCAAAUGUUGCUAACGUUCAGCUAAUCUUGUUCCUAACUGGACAUGUUUCACAAGAUUUAGCCGAAUCAUUCAAUAACAACGCUGAAAAUUGUGUAACACCAGAGGAGAUACUCUGAAUACAUGACAUUUGAGAAUGGACCAGAACACCUCAGAUAUGCAGCCGGGCUCGGGUCAGAACUCUAGAAGGACUGAGGUUGAUGAUAGUUUGGAGUUGAAGGUGUUUAUAUGUAGCAUCUCUGCUACAAUAGCUCCCUAGACACACGUAUACACCUCAGUGUGACAAACCACUUCUCAGCAAUGAAAGGAAUGAUUUAAUAAGAGUCAAUGAAGUCAGGGAAAUAGAAGGAAAGAAAGGAGACAUGGGAAGGAGGGAGCGAGAGUUGAGACACUGACACAGUGAAAGAAAUGGAGGGUGGAAACUCAGUGUCCUUGGAAACCCAUAAGGCUAAUUUGAAUUUGAGACUGAGGACUUCUUCUUCUCUCUACUUCGCCUUGAAUGACUUCCUCGCCCUUCUUCUUCUGCGCUCCCUGAUCAGUUUAAUCUCUCUCUGCUCAUCCCUCCCAGAUGCUCUCUCUCUCUCUCUUUCCCUCCCUCCCUCUCUCUCUCCUUUCCCAUCCGUCGUUCAUUACCGCUCACUCACACCAAAGCAGAUUUCUUUCCAUGACGGAUGGCUUUCUGUGAGUGCUCGUCCAAAAAGCUCUGUCAGAUCUUCUGCUGGUGUAGUAAAAGCUGUGAGGCGGUCGGUUCAGUCGGGGACAUGCAUGACAUUUAAGGGGUUUGGUUCGGGGUACUUAAUGUCAUUUUUGUGUCUUUGUCACCGCCUUGAUCUAGUUGUGGUCGACAUGGCAGAUAGCAUGUUAGCCAUGGGAAAGCUGCUGCAUGCCUUUUGAAAAUGGGGGCUUUUUUUUUUCUUCUCCUUCUUCUUCUGCUCUCACCCCAUCAAUUUUCCCUGUGCAUUAUUCCUACAGUCUCUGUGGUUCUCGAACGCCUCGCGGGCAUCUUUACAAGUCCUCCUCUUUCAACAUCUUAACCGUAACCCCCUCCAGCCUUUCUCUCCUCGCUCCGCUCUGCCCUCACUUUUCCUCCCAGUCUUUUUCUCUCCCCGUCUACGAUGGUCAUGUCUCACGGGGGAAGACAGUUGGCAGGAUGCAGGCUUGCUGCCAUGGCAACAGGAACCCUCCCUCUCCCUAAGGUCUCCUUAGCAACUAGUAGCUUGGCAUUGUAGUAAUGAGCCGGCCCAGCAUGCCACGCUAGUGAAGCACGAGAUGUGUGUGUAUGUGUGUGUGUGUGUGUGUGUAUGUGUGUGUGUGUGUGGCUUUGUCUUUGUGAGGCUGAUAUUCACAGUGUCAGAGCGGGGUUUGACUUCUACAGUGGUGUCAAUUAAUAAAACAGGAUUAGAAGUUCUGUUAAAUUCAUGCUCCGCGUAUACGUAUAUCCCUUUUCUGCGCGCGUCUUGUCAGUUUUUCGUCAAGAUUGCAUCUGUUACACUGAGAGCGUCAUCCUUUAAGAAUGACAGUCGACACGCAUUAGGCAGAGUGUUGAGUUUUUGAAAAUUGGCUUUCUUCAAAAAAGCAAAUCUGAUGAGAGACGGGUGCCUCUUAGAAGAAAUCUGAGCUCUCAAAAAAAAGUGGAACGGUGUGAAUUGGCAAAAUUAUUUAACAAGAGAAACAACAGUCAAUCUGAAACCUCAUGAAUUUUUGAAGAGUGUUUCCAGAGCUGGCUGAAAAGGACUAAUUGAAUCAAAAGGUAUUAUGAAGUAUUUAUUACAGGCCAUGAGCGAGUGUUCUUUUCAUAAAUUUGCAGUCAUUACUAUUCCUGUCUGGCCGCAGUAUUUGAGCGUGGGCCCUGAAGCAGGUAUCAGGUUACACAGGAGCGAUUAAAGAUGAAGCUAAUGAUGAUCCAUUAUGAACAGAGACACACCACCCGAACUGCGGUGAAAUACGAUGCAGAGAGAUCUGUGGAUGUUCGAAUAAAUGUUCUUUUCAGAGGUUGUUGUUGGAUCUUUUACUGUACUUUACUUUUUAUUAAAAUGUGAAUUUGAAUAGUGUGAAUGAGAAAAAUAAAGAUGUAUGUUAGAGGAGGCUCCGUAACUUUAAUAUAUCUUUAAUAUAGGGAUGCAAAUUCACAGUAUUCUUCACGAUCAAUUUAUGAAUAUAUUAACUGUCAAUAAUCAGUUGUUUAAAAGAAACUUAGAUUUUCUUAAGACAAAACAAAACAAAGUGUAUUUUUUGGAUAUAACUGGUGGUAACACAAAGCUAUAGACCAACACUGAUGUUGCCAGCUUUCCAAGUGUGGGAAAUGUCCCUGCAUGUCCUUUUGUAUUUGUUUUUUUGUUAUACAAUAGCUGUUGUGUAUUGCUCCCUGAAAAAAAGAGCUGGCACAUGGCUGCUUCCCCUGGCAGAGUGUCUCUGCUGUGUAGAAACAUCUGUGGCCUGUUGGUUCGCACUGACACCAAGCAGCAUACUCUGGUCUUGAGAAAUGAAGCUGAUGUUUAAAUGCUUAAAACUGCAGUUCUCUGAGUGCCCUCUUGAGUUCGGGUGCAGAAACAGAAACACUGGAGACUAUGUACACUACAGACUGAGUCAGUUUUGAGUGCAAAAAUAAUGGUUUUGGUUUAAAUAUUAACUGUGACGUAACAACUCCUUAACUUUUUAAACUCUGACUUACUACUGUUUGUUAGCUUGCAGAAGAUAACAAGACGUACCAGACCAACACAACAGAAAACAUAUCUUUUUGUUUAUCCUACUCCAGAAUUAGCCAUGAGAAUAAAACGUUGUAAUAUGUACAGAAAUAUCCUUCUUGUUAAGUUACAUCUCACAGUCAAACUUUGCUCAAAACACAGACACUUCAAGGUAAGUGACAUGGUUUUGGUGGAAAUUAGAUCCUAACAGCAGGCAAACUCAGUUCAAACAAAAAAUCUUGUAGCUUAUGAUCUCAUUUUAAAUGUUUAAAAGACAAAAACACAAAGUUUUAAACAUGUUUCACGGUCAAACGUAAACAAAAUGUUUCUUCUUUCUGACGUUAAUUGAAAUCAGAACAAUAGUGAGUAAAGCAAAAUGUCAGAUAAUUAGAUGUAAAAAUUUAGAUCAAGGUGAAACAUUGAUGGUACUUCACGUCAGUUCAGGUCCUAACCGUUAAUCAUUUAUCAGUGUUCAUGGAGUUGCAUGACCUUAGAUAUUUUCUAUUAUAAAGACUGAAAAAAACAGAAAAAUACUCAGAAAUGACACAAAUUAUAGACUGUUGAACAUUCAUUGACCCAGUCCCUGAUCACUGACAAGAACUCAAUCAGUGAGUCUGUUCACUGUCAGUUUAAAAUAAAUGGCUUUGAAAAGUCUUCAGAUAUCCAUUCAUGCACAAAACCCUCUUAAAACAUACUGAAUGUAAAAAUCGCGACUCUAUCCUGUCGUUUUCCCGGCUGGCCUCCAGUACGAUUUCAGGAAUAAGUUAGGGUGAACCAACCCGUGUGCAGAAAAAACUAUUGAGAAGAAAGUAGUUGAAUAAAAUCAUCUGAAAAUUAAAGACGAAUUUGUAAGAUGAGAGAGACAAAUGUAAAAACCGUCAUCUCUGCGUAGGUCUCUGCUUUGUCUGCCAUCAUGUUGUAAACAGAAGACUUCAGCUUUCAUAGUGUGCCUUUGAGAUCAUGCGUGACCACCACUCUCCUCGUCCUACAGGGAAAACUUUUCUCAGGUACACGUGUGAACAAGCAAGUUUGUAGAAUCUUAAAUUUUUAGGAGUGUAUUUUGGAAAGAUGCUUCGAAGGAGUGUACUUUAUAUCACAUUACUCCUGAAUCAUCAAAAGCUCUAUUCUUGAACUUUGACAGCAGUGUAUAUAAAACACAACACUGGCAGGACAGAUUUGCUGUUAUCACUUAAACUUUAAAGUACUUAAAGUAAAAUUUAAGAACAAAAAAUGAACACAACGCAGGACUGAACCUAAAUGUUGAUUCAGCCUGUCUGGCAAUCUUUCCUGACUAAGUGGUCGAUUCAAGAUUGAUACUUGAACGAAGCGGCAGUUUGGGAGCAAAGAUAUACAAGCUCUGAAUAUUCAACAAUACCUGAUUUUUUUAAAAACUUUGAUGAAUAUUCAUCAGACAAAGUGUUGAAACCUCAUGGCCGUGAUAAGUGGCUCUCAGUUCUACUUUAGAUUAAAUCAAGCUAAGCUGUAAUUGAGGUACAGACACUUUAGAUGGGGUUGAUCACCUCGUCUUCUGUAGUCUGUUAUUCUUCAAGGCUACAGCGUCGUGUUAAAAAAAACCUCUUUUAGUUAUGGAUGAGGGGCCGAGAGUUGAAUAGAAGAGAUAGUUGUUAUUCUCAUGCUGAGUUGUGUGGCAGUGUCUGGGUAUGUUUCCAAUUCUUGCAGUCAAUCUCGCCUUUGUUUCUUUUUAUUAAUGUGCCAUUCAGACUGUCUCAGCUCCGUGUUUCUGCCAGUGUAUCAGCUUCUGACUGUGGAUCAGUGCAUUUGUUGGAGGUGUCGCGCAGCCUUGCUGUGUGGAUGGAUGUGACAGCUGAGUGCUGAGGUGGGUGGUGCUCUCCUGAGACCUGAUGGCAGGUGUGAUCAGGCCUGUUUCUCAGCUUCUCCUUUGGCUCCCAUAGGUGUCACGAUGCUCCACCUGGCGUGUGAAAGCGCCCAGGGGAGGGAUAGGAAUCACAGCCGUGGGGGUGGACGCCUUUCAUGAGCGAGAGUCAAAGGUGGAGGUGACAAACUACACAGACUGUGGUUACUGUAACUGAAGGGCCUUUAUUUCUGUAUUUCCACAGUGCUGAGGCUUUGUUUGGCAGCCUGUCUAAUUAAGCAUUUCAUCAGAAACUGCCUUCAGCACAUCUGUCAUGUGGAGAACAUUAUCAGUUAUUACAGUAAUGGUCCCAGUUUAGAUCCGUCUCAGGGAGUUAAAGGAGUGCCAUUUAAAUAAAUACAUCUAUAAAGGAGUGCGAGCAUAUGAGAAGAGAAAAUAGAGGUUGUUGUAAAAAGUAUAGAACUGAUCUUAAGACAAUUUCAUUGAUUUUAUAAGUUCUUUUUAUGCAGCUUCAUAAAACACCACCUUACCAUGGUAGUGAAUCCAUUGAACUAGUAUUCUUAUAAGCCCACAUGCAGGCUGACUUAACCUUUUUGUAUUUAUUUGUAUUUAUUGUAAAGUUUAAAUUUUAAUUUUUUUCUUUCAAGUUAUUUUCAUCUCUUGUUCUGUAAAGUUGUAGGAACUUCACAGCAGCACAUUUCUUAACUCUUCAGAUCUAUGAAACUGCCAUCGUCUAUACUGGGUUGUGGUUUGUGGUUGCUUUGUGUCUGUUUUCUUUAAUUUGGUUGAUGUUGCUUGCACUUUUCCCCCUCACUAUGUUCGAAUGUAAACCUCCUUUUUCUUUUCUUUGCUGGUGCUUAAGUUUAUACUCUCCGAAUACAUCUGGUUGUCUUUGGGUUCACUUAAUAACUUUUUUUUUGUUGUUUUGACCAAUCAGACUCAUUUAUUAAACUUCACCGGGUAAUAAAAAGACUAAUGAAAGAUGGAUGUACAAAGAGAUAUACAAAAGGAACCCCCCCAAAAUAGACUUUUUUUAAUUGACAUUUAUUGACCCGUUUAUUUUUUUAGUAAAUUAUUUAGUUUUUUUUUAAACAUUUUGUAUUUUCUCAAUUACCCUUUGAUUUUCACGUUGUCAGUCUUUUCUUUUCUACUCUGCUCCACCUCUUUUACCAUCUUUAUAAACUUUUGCAACAUUUCUUUAAAGGUGCAGUUUGAAGUAUUUAACAGGAUUUAGCAGAAUUGACUUGGUAGAAUUAACACAAAAUACAUGAAUAAAAACAAAUUAGUGAUUUAUAACCUUUUUUUCCCUCUUAUAUUGAGCUUUUGGUAUCUUUUGAAAUAUAGUGGAAAAGCGGCCAUCUUGCACUGCCAUGUUUCUAAAGUUGUGUAGAAUGGACGAACUACUUACAUACAUGUUUUAUGUUAAGAGAGCGUUGGUUGUUGUGGUUUAAUGAUUUCUUUUGAUGCACAUUAGUGAUGGUUAAAUUUGUCAAAAGAAGGUUUGCAUGAGCCACCAUUGCCUCACCAAUGGGAGGGGUAAAAAGGCAAGCAUUUAGGUCUAGGAUCUGACUGUUAGCUAUUACUAUUACUAUUUUUACAUGUUGUACCUUUAACUGGGUAAUUUUGUUUUAGGCUCUGUAAUGAUCUCAGAGAUAAGCCAAAAUAAAUCAUGUUUUUCAAUGGUUAAGUCAUUUUUUACCCUGAGAUUUAACUCAAAACCAGUAAGAUAAGCUGUAAAUAGUGUUUCCCAAAGCUUGAACAAAAACACUGAUAUCAGAAAUUUUAAUACAGUUGAUUUUAAAAAAUAUUACAGCUGCAUUUAGAAAGAAUUGUACUCUCUGUGGGUGCCCAUCUGUCAGGAAACUUUGUCCUGUGGCUCAUUUACCAGCUACAUUUGUAAUUUUCCCCAAAGAGACACUUCAAAUUCAAAGCAGAGGCUUCCCUUAGAAUAAAAAAAUACUUUUUAAACUCAGUCUCUAUUUGAAAACCUUCCUAAAAACCACUACAAGUGAAGAGAGUUCAAACAGCCCUGGCAAAAGACACAAUGAGAAUCUUUUUUUGAGAUAGUCUCAAAUAUUUUUAUGGGUAAGGAUAAAUCAAAAGAAGAGUGUGAACAGAUUUUUUCCCCCAUUGAGUUUACUCCCACAAUAGUCAUUAAAAUUUAAUCAAAGUCCUCUAGCAGGACAUGGUGGCGUCCCCUCCCCUCAGUGUUCGUGAUGUAAGGAGGACUAAAAGGAAGGAAGCACCUCUCACGGGCAGUCCUGCAGUCCUUGCCCAUCACUUUUUAUGGAGCUGGCUGUGACCUGAGGACCGGGCAACUCUGGCACGCAGAGGAGGAUUUUCCGAUCCCCUGCCCCGCUUUCAGAUGCUCGUUAAUCUGCCGGCUCUAUUUUUAUCUGCCCUCUCCUCCCACCCCCGGGCUCUCCGCCUUCACUCGGCUCCUUAUGUCCAUCCGCCAAGGGACAGGCUGCCUCGGCAUGCCGGCAGCUCCAAUUAGAGGCCUCUCCGGUGGGGAUUGGGCUUGCUGUCCGCCUCUGGCCCCUCAGGCUCUCUUCCCGUCUACCUUUCUCAGGUUAGCCCCAGACGCUGCCUCUUUCCUUGCCUCUCUCCACCCAUCUUUCCCUUCCUGUCUGCCUCGUUUCUCUGUCUUCAACCCCCCACCAGAGCUCAUGGAGCUCCACAGGGAGUGAGGGGAGUGAAAGGCCUUCUGUUGCCUGAGGGCCGGCUCUAGUCCCUGGGCUGUACUUUGAGGAGAAGCUAACUGGUGCACCUUUCAGGAGGCCGCCUCAGUACAACUGCUGGAGACACUAACUCUUAUCGUUUUGUCACCGCUAUGACAAACUGAAACUGCUGCUACCACCUAUACACUAUUAUUCAUCCUCGUCGCCAGAAAAGACGGUUCUUGUUGUUGGAUGACAAAAAAAACUAGAAAAAACUGAACUUUUGUUUUAACCUCCUGAGUUACAACAACCUUUGUUUUCUAAAAAUGAGUUUACACCUUUAUGUGCUGGCUUAACGAGUAUUUCUUUAUGUCACUGUCUAAUUAGCUAUAAUGUGGUCAACCUAAAAUCCAUUUUUGCAGGAUCUAAAGGUUUUAGAACUUACAUUAAAAGAAAUAUUUCAGGCUCUUCUUCAUUUUUUCAACUUUAUCCAAGCAUUCUCUAAUUUCCAAAUCCAUCAAUUACUAUUCAUAUUGCACAAUUUCCAACAAUACAGUAUAUACUUCAGGGUACUUUUAUACAAUACUAUCAAUUGUAGCUAAACUUAACUCGGCAUUAAGCCAAUGAUAACUUUGUUUUUAGUUUUAGUCACAUUGUUAGUCAUUUUGUCCAUGUUUGAAUCAAUUAAAAAUCAGAUCAUUUCAUUCUAGUUGUAGUUUGACAAAAAGUCUAAACUUUUUCGCCAAGUUUUGUCAAUACAAAUAAAAACAUUUCAGUAAUUACUUUAAGACUGCACCCAACAAUUAACCCCGCAUGUCACAGGAAUACAUUGCCCGUAUAAGGAAUGACUGAUUAGAUACACAUUAGUGAAAAUGCUUGAAUGUCUAAAUUUCUUAUGUCUCAUCAUUGUCUUGUUAGUGAAAACAAAACGUGUAUUCAUCAUAGGUUUUAUUGUCAGCAAUUUAUAUCUAGCUUAUUUCGUAACUGUCUCGUCUCGGUCAAAAAACGAUGAUGAUCAUUUAUCGUCAUCAGCAAAACCAACCCUAACAACACUAAACAAGCACUGAACAGCAGAUGCAAUAAAGGACUUUCCGUCAACUGCAGAAGCCUAAAGCCAAACCAGACUGAUUGUUGGACUUCCAUCUGCCACAACUGGUGGGGCCAGAAACAGAAUUUGUUAAGUGGUUUUAAUGGGUCCUCAGAUAAAAUGUGAAAGGAUAAUCUUUCACAAAUGCUCGGGUGUCCUCAUAUGGGAUUCUCCACAGCAACUUAUUUCCUGGUCACUUUGCAAAGAGUCAAAAAUUGUUCCUUAAACACAGGAUUAUAGUCUAUGCUGCAGAUUGCAUGAUUAUGACGGUACAAUAUAUCAUUUAAAGCACAUUAUUGUAACUGGUACUGUUCAAUGCUUUAAGUUGGUCAGUACACUCCAGUAACGCCACCAUCCCUCCCAGAUUCAACCCCUUGGUGUACCAGGAUAUUUUUAGUGUAUCUGGACUUCUCACCAGCUGCCAGCACCUUUUCCUGUCUCCUCAAUAUCACAGUAUCUCUUGGCCAUUCAUAACAGUACUUUAAAUACAUAGCUGAUGGUGUGUCCUUGUGUGUGUUUGCACUACAGGUGAAUUAAUUGUAAGAAUUCAUACUUGAAUACUAAUGAUUCACUAACACUGGCUGUGCGACACACACGCCAACAAGUGAAUAAGGAGAGCACUGGCACUUAUUUUUUCUACUUAAAGCAGUGAUACUGUCGCUAGCUGUGUACACAACUGCCUUAUUGUUUCUUGUCUUUAGCUUCACUUCAUUCCUCUGGAUGCUCUGACCUAUUAUUUUCCCGCAAUUUACCAGAAGAAUAGCAUCUUUUUUUCCCAGCUAAGCCCCCACCCAAACCCUGCAUGCUCACACCUUCUCCAACCCCAUUAAUCCUUCAGCCUCCCACUCCUUUAUUCCCCUUCAAAGAGACAAGCGCUGCCCGUGACAUCAGUCACAGGAAGUGAAUCUUUAGCGUUGACUAAUUUCCAUCGAUUGCCUCCAGACAGGCUUAGCAGACGAGACCCAUUCCCACACAGAGCCUGGCUGCUCUCAUUUAAGUCUCCCCGCCUGCAGAAAACGCUCCACAAUGAACGCAGUCAGCGCUUUUAUCUUCUCCCCCACUCCAGCUUAUUAUCAAAUAAAUGCGCGGCAUAGAGAGAUACCCAUUGACAGGACCAUGCAUAAUGACUCCUGGCUGUGUGAAAUGGAUUAAUAAAUAAUGGUUGAGCAAGGGGAGAGAACGGCUUUGCCUAGUCCCAGUACUUCUCAACAAGGCGGCUAACAACAAUCCCCGAACAACACUCGGCUGGAUUCUGCAGGACCACGUCUAAUGGAGCGCCGCAUGGAAUUUAAAACGCAACUCUCCUCUUGAAUGCUUCAUAAAUUAGAGGUGGGCUCCUUAAAAUGUGAAGCAGUAAGCAGUAUAAAACCCACUACAUGAUGUUCUGCUGAAUCCUCUAAAGAACUCCCUUCAAGAGACUCCCCUCCUGUGAGGAUGUUGAGGUAAAAGUAUCCUGUAAAAAUGUCCAGGAGCAGAACUCCUCUGCAACCUGUUCCCAUCUUGCCGCUGACAGAGCCGCAGCAGAAGGUAAAUCAGUUUCCUUUUUGCUUCUGCUUUCACACUCUCAUGAGUAUACCAGCGCUCAAACACACAUAUCCUGCAGUUUCCAUGUGCAAACUCAAUCGAACAGACAGAGCCUGCAAACACCAGAGGCCUUCUUGUUUUUUAACAAAGCAUCCCCAUCCCUCCCCUGUCAGUGACAUAUUGCUUCAUUAGCACGCUUGGCUUUGUGUAUAUUGACAGCUUUUUCAAAAUGGCAGAGAGUAAAAGUGUUUGGGCCGCCUGCUCUGCACCAGAGGGGCUUAAGCAGACUCUAAAACUGAAACUGGGUGUAUGAUAGUGGAGUGUGCUCUGACUGCCACUGUACCUCUGCGCCAGAGUAAUAAGUCUGUCUGAGACACGGGGUGAAAAGGUCUCAAUCUCCUUAACGCUAGAUUAAGGAGCAGCUUGAUCAAGGCGUCUUAAGUGCUUCAUUUUGGAAUCAGGAUCAAUAGCUGCUAAGAAGAAUUGAGCUCAGAGCUUCGCUAGGUAGAGCUGAUUGAAUAGCAGCUAAUGACUUCUCAGAAGCCUCUUACACCAGGGGUAGGAUCACUUUUAUAUAUGUUACUGUUUUUAAUUUUACAUCCCCAUCAAAAAAGUUAGGACACUAUCCAAAAUGUUGAUGGUACAAGGUUCAUUAGAGGCUGUGUGAGUAAAUUCAUCGAUAAUUUCAGGAUAAGGUUUUAAGCGCAAAGUUACAAAGAAUCUUGGGAUCUCAUCUGGAGUGAGAUUUAGUUGGCCAACCAAAAUUUUGCAGAAUACCCAGCAAUCUUUUGUUUUGCUUAUUCAGGAUCAUAACCACACAAUUUAAACUUUUACUACUAGCUACAUCAGUGGGGGAAAAUCAACAUCUCUCUGCCACCUCAGUGGAAAAAACUAAGUUGUAACCAGUGGUUGUGACUUUCUUGUGACAAUGCAACAGCGGUCUCUGGCUCUGGUUCCAAAAGCGCAAGAUCCAAAUUCCACCCCCUUGUUGGCUUUGUAGGCUUAACUCGCCGAUCACUGGUGGCGUUUGUCACUUUAAGCCAUAACUCAACAACAGUGGUGAACCAUGAACACUACAACCAGGCCUUCGCCUCAGCCAUAACCGCCAAGAAAAUACAUUGUAACAAGUGAAAAGCAACCGCACAGUGAAUUGAACGCACACAACAACUGUAACCCUCUUCAUAACAAUGACAAAGAUGGCAACAUUAACAUCAAUGACAUGGGCAAAUAGUAAGCUACUUAAAUAAACUUCACGAAAACCAGAGAUCAUUUGGGCUACAUACGUAGGGCUUUGAAAAGCGUCUUGAGAUGACGACUGUUGUGAAUUGGCGCUAUAUAAAUAAAAUUUGAUUUGAUUUGAUUUGAUUUGAUUUGAAUGAUUUUAGAAAACAAAAGAAAAAAUCCACUCUGCUGUCUGUUAUCUACCUGUUGAGUCAGCAGGUAGAUAACAGAAAUCAGGGGUGUGCCAUGUGAGAGGGCGAAGCCAAUCAAAUGCAUGUGUCUCACGGCCAAUGUGGGAUUAUUGGCAGCUAUGUAAAUAAAAUCCCGGUCUAAAAGAGAGCUGAGACAAAGUGGAAAACCACUCCCUCAUCUGACAAAUUAAAAUUUGACACUCCUUUUGGAAAUCAUGGACACCUCCAUCCACCAAAUCCAGUAUUUGUGAUGGCGUUGGGGUGCAUAUGUGGCCAUAGCAUGGGAAGCUUACACAUCUGGGAGGGUAUCACUAAUGCUGAACAACACAAACAGGUUUGGAUCAACAUAUGUUACCAUCCAGAUAGUUCCUUUUUCAGGUUAAAUCUUGCAUUUUCAGCAAAACAAUCAGCAAGUAUUACAACAACAGACAAUAUUGACAUUUUGCUUUCUUAACUCCAUCAACUCCUUCGUUCCCAAACAUUUAGAAAGUCCUGUUUAAAGAGGUGGUGAUGCAGCUCAAUGGUAAACAUGGCCUUGUUUUUGAGUUGUGCUUCUGGCAACAACAGUAAAAUGACCCUGAAUAUAGGCACAAACUCUGUGUUUAUUCAUCCUUUUCAGUGUCCACCCUUUUGAGAAUUGGAGUUUUAGUUUGAAUGGGCACACUUGUAAAUCCUUCAGGGUUAGUCUCCAGGCAGUGGUCAUGGCAAACAGAAAAAAAUGGACAGGGAAGUAUGGAAAUGUUUACGUGACAACCCACAGGAUACUGAAGGAAAACAUGUUUUGUACCCCAAGCGGUGACAACAGCAAGGCUGUGCUGUGACGUAGUAAGGGUCAAUCCGGACGUAUUUGUAAAGACCCGUGAAAACCUGUGCUUGUUUUUCUUGGCCUUCAAUAACUGCCCAACCAAUUAUGUCCAUCAAUGCCGCGCCCAGCCUCAAUCACCAUGAUCCGACCAAUCCCCACCCUGUCUCUGUGGUUUCAGGGUGAAACCCAGCUGAGGAGUGCCCAGAAUUAACCAGGAUUAGCCUUGGAUUGUCGGGGAUUACUCAGGCUGGAGAGGGAUUAAGUAUGAUUGCCAGUUUGGGGUGGGUGGGGGGUGCUGGAGGCUGUGUGUGCGUUCACAUCGAGGUGAACAUGUGUCAAGUUGUGAAACAUACAUGACGCUGUUUGUUUACAUGUGUGCUGUUUGCAUGCAAGGCUUCACAGAAUAAGGAUAUGAAAUAUCCUCAUCAAGAGGUGGAAAUACUUCCUCUCUGAGUGAAAAGGUCUCGUGCACACACUGACAUGUGAGCUAUAUGUGACAUUUUGUGCAACUGGUAUGUGGCUUUUCUGAGCUUACACAAAGCCCAAUUCAGAGAAUCGUAACAGAGGGACUUACAGAGGAAAGCGAGUACAAAGCGUUACAUCACUCUGGUUGCUAUGCAACAUAAACUGGAUAAUUUGCAAUAGGUGUAAUUAGCUACCUAACCCAGAAUAAAAAAGGGACAAGGGGGUUGAAAAUAAUAAUAAUCAAGAAAAUUAGCUAUUGCUCUGUUAUUGCUUUUUUGAAAUGGAGGAUGUGGGCACACGGCAUCCUGCUGAAAACUUUCUGACCGUUUAAAAAGGCAAGUAAGCCCCUCAGCGUAAAGCAGGUACAGGAAAAGUGUUGAGAAUAACAGCAUGUGUAAUAUAAUCUACAAGUAUGAAUGUGUAUUAGCUUUUCUAAGUCUGACAGGAUUUGAUAUUUAAACAAAGGAUCUAUUUCAUCUGCAUGGAUUUACCUUGACUGCACAUAUUUGUCUGUUUUUGGCAUGCUCAGUUUGUGAAUACCAGGAUUACAAUAAUAACUAUAACCUUUAUUUAUAGAGUAUCCUCUCUCCUCAUAGUGCGCAGCUUUCAAAGGAAAACAAAUACAUAAACAUUGCAGGUAAAAGUGGAUUAAAGGAAAACUUUUGAUCGUAGAAAAGUCAGUCAAGAGAAAAAGCUUGGAGGGAGGUAACAAAGAGCCUUAAAAGUCAUUAGAUCAAUCUUAAAAUCUGUUUUAAACAGCCUGUAUUAACUUACUAACAGUCUAUUUAUUGAAAAAUGUAAUAUCAUGAGGGUAAAGGGACAUUUCACUAAUUUGCUUUUUCUUUUGAGCAUGUAAACAGAGAUGUAUACUUUCUUUUGGCGGCUCUGAAAAGGCUCUUUUUUCCAGAGGAAGAUCAUAGACAAGAAAAAACGAGGAUGCCAUCAGAGUCUCAUGGACGACAGCAUUGAGAGAAAUCGUUGAAAACAAUUGUUUAAGGGGCUUAAGGACAGAUAUAAAACAUGUCUCAACCUAACAAGCAUCCCGUACCACCAUAAACCUAAAUAUAAAAAACAGAAUAAAAGCAGGACAAUGCAGAGAUGUAGAUACUUCAUAGAUGUGACGCACUGAAACAGUUUUUUCAAUAAAGGUUUUGAAAUUCAGCAUCUGUUAUCUUAAAGCUGGUAUCUAUUAUUGACAGUAGAAACCUGGAAGUGAUUUAUUGAUAGUGACUUUACAAAAUACAUGCAACAAGUGAAUAAAGACUAACAAGUUAGUAGAAAUCCUGUUGUAACUCCUGCAGAGGACAAAGAUGUCCAAAAGCUCCUAGUUACCUCUUAAAUGUACAGUAAAUGUGUAUUAAAUGGUUCAAUUUAAAUGUUCCCCUGUUAUUAUAGGGCCAAAAGUCUGUAGCAGUAUGAUGUAGUCCCACACCCAGUCAUAAAUUGUUCCCUGGUCUGGCAUUUUGAAAAAGGGGAAAGAGUAAGAAUUCUGUGUUUAGACAGAUCUGUGUGUCCACAGGCCAUUAGCUAACCACUGGACUGACUAUCCCCUGACUCAGUGAAAGCAGCAAAGUGUCAGGGUCAAACUCAGUCACUGUUUGUGCAUAAUACACAGUGGCGGAGUUGGAUACAGUGCUGCGUGUUCCCUGUAGAGGAGCAGGGUAGAGUCUAGGACAGAUUCAGUCACUGUUCUCUCGGCAAUAGUCUUUCUCCCUUGAAUUUGAGGACAGGCAAAAGCCAAGAGCAGAGGAAGUCUCCUCUAGAAUAUGCUUUCCUGACUAGUUUAGACAGGGAUCCAGCUACAGUAUGUGCUACAUAGAGCUGAGAAUCUGCAGGAAUUAGAACAACCAAAGACUUCACUGGAAGUUCUCACUUGUCAGGCUCUCUGAAUUUUCUUCGCAUGCAAAGAUCCAAUCAUUCCCCACAGUUGAUGAACCGGCCUCAUGAGGCGCUGAAUAGUUAAAGCGAUAAUCAGGAGCUGCCUUCAUUUCUUUUGUUUCAUGAUGUCAUUGUGUUGUCCUUGGUGAUAGCCAGCAAACACUAAGAUGGUAAUGAUUAUAAUUAAAGUUGAAGAUAGGCUAUUAUUUCAAAGGGAUUUUUGGAUUAUUUGAAAUCCCCUGGAAAAGUUACCGUCCUCAUCAGGACUUUGCUUUGAUAAGUGGGAAUUGUCACUUGAGUUUGUGACUCUGUGUUUGUUUUGGUUUUGUUUCCAUUGAAAGGGGAUUUCCAUCCACAUUUGCCACUGCAUAUCUUUUUAACUUUAGAUCAAAAUUACAUGGCAAAAAUAUAUUUUUGAGACACAAAUCACACUGUCAAACCCUUAGUUUGAGGCUCAGUCAAUUUGGGGAAAAGAUUGUGGUUUGGAUCAGAACUACCAGAACUUCUUUUAUGGUUUGAGGACAUUGGUGGUAUUGGUUAAAAAAAAAGAAAUAGCCACUUGGCUAUGGAACAAUUGCGUUUAAGGCUACACGUAACCAAAAUGGAAUGUCUACAAGAGAUGGUGAGCAAAAGUCCAAGUAUUGGCUGACCCUCCCAUCAUCUCUUGGCAUAAACGUAAUUAUAUUCGUUUUGCACUGAGAAAUUGGUUUGAUUUUACUUUAACUCUGUUUUAUUUUGGAAAAGCUCAUACUUAUUUUCGUUGGUUUGUAGGGUUGUCAUAAUCGGCAGGACAAUUUAAAGCCUAACAUACCUCCAAAAUAACAUGUUAAGUGACUGAAUUUGGAUCAUGAAAUGGCCUCAUCUAAUUUCUUGCAGAUCAUCACUGUCAACUUUUGAGACACGUCUUUUUGAUCACUGACCAACCAGAAUCAAAAGAGGCAGGUCAUUUGGUAUCAACUUUGUCACCAACAAUGGUGGAGGUAUAAAAAGAGGAAGAACUAAGCAGACACAUUUUCCAGGAUUAUUUCAAGGUCCAGAGCUGCUAUUAAAACUAUGACAUGAAUUCUAUCAAUGGCUUUUAUGUUUUAUAUAAAGUCCCAUUGAAAGACAGCAAGUACAAAACAUAAAAAGCUUUUUGAAACAGAAUGAAAAAGUCAUUACUGUGGAAAGAAGAAGUGCUAUGCAACAAUUUUAAUAACCUGGCAACAGCAAGUUGGUCAUGGGCGCUGUGAUCACAAAAAUCUGUGCUGAUAGCAGGGUAGCAUGAAGUUACAAGUUGUCCCAAGUGUAACAUAUGGGAUUAACUUGUUGUUGAAUCAAAGCUGCAGUGUGUAAAAAUGGGAACAUUUCUUGGUAAGAUAUGAUUGGAUAAACCUUAUGUAAUAAACCAAAUGUAUUGGUCAGAUUCUAUUUUUACAUACUCCCUUGCUUUGAGGACAAGAAACCCUUGAGAUGUAUGAUAUAGUCUUAAAUUUUCACCAUCAAAAACUUCUUUAGCACACAACAAAAACAAAAACAACCACUCUCUCCUUCUUCAUAAUCCAACUGUUGCAUACCUGGCUUUUAGAAGACAAACAGUGUCUGCAGAUGUAAAAAUCUUUAGACUGUAAUUAAAAAUGUUGAAAUAAGGGGAAAAAGGUGAUCUGUUUUCAUCCUGCUUUAUUUUAUAGUUUACAAUUCCCUCAGGGACACUUCUUGUUUAUUGCAACUGAAUAUAUUGUUCGCUUUUCAGACAAUAUGAGCAGGUUCUGUCAAGGGACUAAAGUACAUUAUAUUUUAAGAACUCCAAAGACAUAGAUUCUUUAACUUUAUGUUUAUUUUCUUUAUUUUGAUUUAUAAUUUAGGGCUGUCAAACAACUUUUUUUUUUUAUUUUCAAAUCAAAGCUCAUCUCAAAAUGUAAAUAAUAAUUCACUUCUAACCACAUUUUUUGAUUGCAUGUUGAAAAUUCCACCAUUUUGUAUUUCAAAACAGAUUUUAAAUCCAUGUUAACGAUACAAAACAGUUCUCACCAGUAAUGCGAUAACAUGCAAUAUAUGAUCUUGACAAUGAUGUUACUUAUAAAAGUAAAUGCUGUACUGUUUGUCAAUCUGACCUGAAACUCUGAUUUAGAGGUAGGAGACAGCUUUUGAGUGUUUAUACAUUUAAAUACAAGGUUUAUUCAUUUAUUCCAAAAUUAAAUGUGAAACGUUAAGGAGUAAAUGUAGAACAUGUCCCAUCAGUGUCAACAUGUGUUGCAGAUAUUUCAAGAUAAUUCUAACUACACACUGACAUCCAGUGAUCCCUGGUUAAUGUGACAGCAUUCACACUUCUCGGGAGUUCCAGUUUGGUUUCUUUCUCUGUUACAUUCAGGUCUGAUAUUCAACAUGCCAACCAGAAGACAUUUUUUAUAAACUGACUGUUCUGCAGUCAAUUUCAUUUCAAGUGAUUAGUAUCGGCACCCUUUUGUUUUCACUUUUCAUACAGUAUUACUGUAAAAUAAUGUCAUACUCUGUCUUAAAGAGGUUUCAGCUUUAUACUCAUAUAUUUUAUAGAUGCAGAGGGCUGUCACAUUUUCCUUCUUCUCAGUAUUUUCAAGCAGAUGGAGGAACAAAAGUCAACUAUUGUGGUAUAAUUGUUGCUCUAGUAGUUGUACGGAAGCUCAGCCUGCCCACAUACACACACACACCUACACACACAUGCAUACCACUGCUAAUCACAGCUUGGUACAGGUAGUGAGACGCUGGGACUACUGGUGAUUGAGCCUCCCUGGUGGAUUGGAAGCAGGAAUCUGACAGACUCAGAUAAAAGGCUGUUUGGAGUUGCCUGCAGCAUCAAACAGCAUCAGCCGCCUCCCCCUCCUCUCUCCCCCACCAUCACCUCCCCUCUCUUAAUUUCUCCCUCUUUUGGUUUACUCUGUUGCCAUGACUACACCCAGCUGGAGCCAUCAUGUUGUGGAGGAACCUGUCAGGGUACCGCUCUCAGAUCACCUGAUGUGGGUCGCCUCCAUUGGCGGCCUCUUUCACACGGCGUCGUCGUUCAAUUUGGCUUUGAUAAAGUCUGCGCACCACAACUAAGGAGUACGGUCGGACGAUUUCGCUGUCGCGUGUUGAGCUUGUGUAAUUUCGCCGACCUGGUGUUUUGGAAACGACCCCUCUGAACAGCAGAAAACAUAAAUACAUCUCUUCUAUCCAAUUUCCAUGUUUGUGAAGAGAGUGCAGUCAAAGCCGUGUGAUUUGAGUGGAGGAUGGGACAAAAUUACCUGUUAGGAGUCAUGCUGUGGGGAUGGGUGUGUGUGAGUAUGAAUCAGAAUAGUAGUAGGUAGGAUACACGGCUGAUUUGAAAUCCACUUAAAGCUGAAUCCUCCUGUAAACAUUUUUGUGAGAAGCAUAUUACCUGCUGCUCCGGAUGCUGUGCUUUUCAGAAUACUUUGCAACAAUAAAGAGCUGUCACCCCUCUUAUAUCUGCCUGUCCCGUUUACAGGCAUGUGGCAUGAGUAUAACGGGGGGUUAGGGGGAUAAAGAGGGUACAUAUGCUGACUGUAUGGAUUGCACUGAAGGGUGAAAUGUAAGCCGGCCCCCCAUUGAGCGCAGAUUUGCAUCUCCCUCUGCUUAUUUCUGAUAUUUGCUCGCUUUUCAGUGUGAAUGAAUGAGUGAAAGAGGAGGGAGGGAGGGAGGGAGGAUGGAAGUUGUGUAAGGUGAUGAGAGGAUGGAUGUGGGGAGAGAGGGAGAGAAUGAGCAAUGUCGUGAUCAAGAGACACUGGGACACAGAGAAGGAGAUGAAUGGGGCUGAGAGCAGGAAAAUUGGACAGGAGGCGGGGAGUGAAUGAAGAUAGAGAACGGCGCCAGAUAUCAGGAGACAGAGAUUGUGAGCUAUGUGCAGGUAAUAAACAAGGCAGAAAUAGAUAGAUAUCUCCAGAGAGGAAAAGAAAAGUAUGUGAUUGUGCACACAGAGUAGAGGGCUGAGGUUGAGGGGGGAUCGGUUCCUCCCACAUGAUCAGAAAAGAGCGAUAGGCAAAAGAGUGGGAAAGAAAAAGAAGGCGGUAAAGCAGAGGGAGGAAAGCUGGAGAGUGUGAAUAAUGACACAAGCAGGAAAGAUUUGGAUGAACACGCUGUACUUAGACUAACUUGGCCAGCUGAGAUGAUGUGUAUCCCUGCUAAGCUCUCCUUUAGGCAGGCUUAGAUCUCAUCAACUCACUCCAGGUUGGCACUGGCUUCAAAUGCUCCUGCGGAGCCCUGGAUUAACUAUACAGCCGUCACUCAGACACUUAAACAGGGGUCUGGAGAGGCUUAUUCUAUACACACCCCCACCUGAAAUCAUCACAUCCGACUCCUUUCAACGCUCCAGACUGGAAGACUUCAUCAUAAAGAUAUCCACCAUUUUUGCCCACGGUCAUGUUAGUUGUGCCAUGAUUUUAAAAGAGGUUAAAUUAGCAUGUCAUCAUCUCCUCUCCUCCCCUUCCCUCGUUAACUUCCUUUCUAUCUUUUUCCAGGCCUGUGUGUGAGUGUUUCUUUCUCAUUUUGGUGGUCGUCCAGAUCUUCUCUUGCCAAAUCACGCCUCCCCCUCCUUCCCUUUGCUUUUCUCCCUCCCUGUCUCUGGCUGGAUCUCAGGCUCUCAUAUUUGGAGGCCCUGCAAUCGAUAUGGUCUGUCUGUGAUUGGGUUGCCUCGCGUGAUUCAUUUCUGUAACCUUGGUGAUGGUUUGAUGUGGAGGCUGCACCCAUGUCCAUAUUAUGACUCAGUGAGCGCGUGUGGAGAAGAGAGGCUGGUCAGGGGAGGUAUCGAUUGGUCCUUCACUCUCCCUGCCCUCUUUGCUCCCCCCUUCAUCUCCCUCCUUUACUUUAUCCAUCUUUUUUCUCGCUCGCCGUACAGCCUUGAUAGUUUGGCCAUAAUUUGAAAUGACUUUGUGUUCUCAAGAAAUGAUUAUUUAACCCUAAAUGUUCCCUGGGGUGUUAAUGUUUAUCUCUUCUCUCUCUCUCUUUUCUGCCCCCUCCUCCCUCUCUCCCACCAUCUCUUUUCUAUCUGUCUCUUCCAGAAUUCGAUCAGACACAAUUUGUCCCUGCACAGUCGCUUCAUACGGGUGCAAAAUGAAGGGACAGGGAAGAGUUCCUGGUGGAUGCUGAAUCCAGAGGGCGGGAAGAUGGGGAAGGGACCCAGACGACGUGCUGCCUCUAUAGACAAUGGCACCCGCUACCUGAAGACCAAGGGUCGCAUCAGCCGUAAGAGAGCAGGAGCCAUGGGCCUUGGAAGGGGACAAGGUCACGGGGCUGGUUCUGCAAUGCAAGGCUCCCCAGAGCAUGGCAGUCCAGCAGGGAAGGGAGGUAUAGGCAUGGGGGGCGAGGAGUAUGACACUUGGACGGACCUCCAUUCCCGUACAUCCUCCUCUGCCUCAACGAUGAGUGGCUGCCUCUCCCCAAUCUUAGCAGAGGCAGAGGCGGAUGAACCAGAAGAGGGAGGACUUUCCUGUUCGGCUUCUCCUCGGCUCUACCCCAGCCCCACCAGCACCAGAUCCCCUGCACUGGGCACUGGAGGCCACUGCCCUAGUGUUGAGCUCCCCCAGCUGACUGACCUUACUGGGGCUAUCAGUCUAGAUGAAAGCGGCUAUCCCCAGCCACCGCAAAUCAAAUGCAACGGUUAUCCCUAUGUGCCUAGGCCCAAGGCAGAAGGCUCCUAUUGUGGGCCCAUUUACACACAGCCUUCCAUGGGCAUGCUGCGGCACCACACUCCCAUGGAGACCAUCCAGGAGAACAAGCCAGUCAGCUUCCAGCGCCCAAUGAGGGGCUACUCAGAGAACAAUGCCCUGCAGAGUCUGCUCACUGGAAGUCCAUCCUACUGCAGCAAGGACACAGUUCUGGGCCAGGGACGGGAAACACACGCACUAAUGACACAGGGAACCAACGGCAUUCACAGCCAGCACAGUCACAAUCAGAACCGCAGCCACAAUCAUACCCACAAUCACAGCCAAGAGCAUGCUCACAAUCCCAGCCUACACAACGGCCAUGGCUCAGUUCACGACCAGAAUGCCCACCAUCAGAACCACAAUCAGGGUCACAAACACCAAGCCAGCCUUGACUACAGCCACAGUCACAAGCCCCACCCUGCCCAUGACUACGGCCCAAGUCAUGAGCACAGUCACAGUAACAAAGUAAAUGCCAGCCACGAUCACAACCCACGCUCCAGCCAGAACCACAUGCACAACCACAACCCUCAUAACCCUAUGCACAGUGGGCCUCACCCUCAGGCCCUCUCCCCACGGGUUAGCAAUGACAUCUUGCAGCCCUACAGCCUCAAGUCCUCUAGCCACUAUGGGACACGUCCACAUCUCCCAACAUCACCAUCCUUGCCGCCAAACCCUGCAGGUGUCAUGGACGUCCCUCAGGACCCCUGCCGCAUGGCAUCCGCCCCUCACCCACGUCACCAGCCUUACUCUGGGGCUCACCAUCAGGGUAUGACUGAAUCCUGGCAUGGCUACUACCACAACAACCACCAACCAGGGAACACUGGUUACCAGGGGCAACAGCACAACACACACAGUCGAAUGGCUGCCAAUCUGGACGUAGAGAAUGUUCCCAAUAGCCUGGACUGUGAUGUAGACUCCAUCCUGCUUAGUGACUUUAUGGACACAGAGAGCAUGGACUUCAACUUUGACGGAUCUCUAUCCCAAGGCUUGGGGAUGGGGAUGGGCAUGAGCCUGGGGGCUUUUGCAUGUCCUCCUGCAGCACACAGCAACCAGAGCUGGGUGCCAGGGUGAAUCCAGGCCCUAAGGGUCGGAAUAGACACAUUAUCAAAAAUCUCCCCCACCAGGCCAGGCUGCUGGUGGACUGUACCCUUGGACUGACUGACUGUGAUUCUGUUCCUCUGAGACUGUAGAACAAAAUACAAAUUGUCAUUUUGUUUCCCGGGGACUCCCUCCAGCCCAAUAUCCUACUCCCCCUUUAACCCUAUCCCCGCCCUACUCUGUUUAUAAAGCCCUCUGUCUCCAUAUUGAGCCUUCCCCCAAUGAGCCUACUCCCUUGUUUGUGCCCUUGGUUUUUUUGUUUUUGUUUUGAGUUUUUAUGGCCCCUCCCAAUCUCGCCAUGCCUGUUCAAAGCUGUCAAGCACUUUACAUCCAUCCUUUUAAUACAGAUGCAGUAACAAAAAGACCAGGAAAAGUCACGUUUGUGUUGGCUUAAGUUUAAUGUAUGCAAUCUACUUUCCAGUAUUAUCUCCUCCUACAAAGGAGGUGUUGUUUUGACUUAAGAACAUGAUCAAACAGCUGCAUAAAUACCUUUCAAAGUAGAGGGUGCUCUCAGAUUGGGGGUUAAAAUGCAGGGGGAAGCUUUGAGGUUUAUGGAUGAAGAAAAAAGGAGGUUUUAAGAAGAUGAUGAAAUGAGACCUUACGGCAUAGAGGGAAAAAAAUAGAUGAGAAGACAAGGGUCAGGGUGACUUCUCUUCCUGUUGGACAGUGGUGUUUCCUAUUCUGUUUAAAGAGUGAGGACAGUCAUCCAUCAGACAACCAUCAGCACCACUCUAUUGAAAUGCAACAUCCCUUCUUUAAUCUCCAAAGUAAUGCCAGAGUGAUGCAUCACUAUUGCAAAUCUAAUGCGCUACUCUGUGUUUUUUCAACCCCCCCUCUCCCUCUUCAACUCCGGACACACCGGCUUAAUGUGUUUUGGCGAAAGUGAUGAUUAAAGUCACUCUGCGCUAAAUGGGGGAGGGAUUGAAAGGGGGUAGUGUUGGGGAGGGGGGCAUUGAGGGGAGAUGAUAGGAGAGGAGAAAUGCAAAUAUUCCCUCUGUGCCUCUUCCUCUCCAUUUUGUGGAUUUAUGUAGCUUUCCCCGUAAUGAAAUAAGCAAUGAUCAGAGCCUGCUGCACAUCCUGAGGAGGUCCCUGAUUGGCCUGCGCUGGGCUGCCUCUGCGUGGCUCUCUCACCAGCUGACCCCAGAACAGCUUAGCGUGCAGCUGUGGUCAGGCCAGGAUGUUGAUGGAGCUGCUCUCUCCAGACCCUAGGCAACCUUGUCUAAUUCGCUAACACCCAGGUUCAAGCCCACUAUAUGCUUUUACUCUUGUGAAUUGCACACUGAUGAACUGCGUCAGCAGAUUACUAUUUGGUGCUAUCUCCCCUUCCCAGGCUCCCUCCUAUCGCGCCGCCCCAUCCCGAGGUUACUCGGAGGGUAAACAAGAGUAAUUAACCGCCAAACAAGAUGGAUGAUUUAUGCAAGUGUGUGUAUUCGCUCAUUGGCACAAAGUCAUAAUUCUUCUCCCCACCAAGAACAAGCAGGGCGAUUUCUGAGAGGUGAUGCCCAGCGACAAGGUAAAGAGGCUGGCAAGUGAAGUGCUUAUAAUGUCCUUUUAGUCCUUCAAGCAUCCCUUCUACAAGCAUUCGCCCCCCCUCCCCCUUUCCUGGCCAUAGCUUUACUUUGCUGUUGUCUUUUCUUGUGCUUGUUCUGUGAUUGUGCAGUUGUCUGUCCUGUUACAAUUCAGCGUGGAUAGGAGCUUUCGUGUGAGUUUUACUUUCUACAUUCCCAGAGGGAACACGGGCAAAGGGGGCAUUAGCCAACCCUUGUCCUGGCACCUGUCCCACUAAAGAUAGAGAGAAUAGGAACAAGAGAGAACAAAGGUAGAUAGAUACAGAGAGAGACUGAAUGGGAGGGAGGCAGCUAAAUGAGGAGGCAGGAUCUGUGAGACUGGGAGAGAUUUUCCAGCUCGGUGGCUUUCUGUAGAAUUGGCUGUUUGAAUCGGGCCAAAUGUCAAGUGCUACUCAGCCAGCUCCGACGAGCUUUGACCAGAAAGCCACUUCUCCCUCCUGAUCAAGGACAAUGACGGGUAUUUCCAUACACUUUUCUUUUGCUUUCUUCUUCCUUUUCAUGAGUUAAGAUGGCCCAUUGUUGUAACCCAACUGUAAUUUGUUCUCUGGCCUGUGUGCACUUGUGUGUCAAGCUUUCUCGUGGGUAUGGGAGUGUGUGAGAGUGUGUGUAGUACAGUAAUGUACAAGAACUGAUUAAGGGAAUUUUGUGGAGAGCUAAUGUGCCCUGGUAUUGUCCAUGACUGGAUGAGUGCAGCAUACAUAAUAUAUACAGUUUAUAUUUAUUGGUUAGGGAGAUGGGUCUAUGGAGGACCAUUCAGACUCUUCACUGCUUUGUCUUCACCGAGACAAAGAGGCAAAAAGCUAUUUCAGUUUGACUACAUUUCAUUCUGUACAUAAUCUAUAUUGAGAAAAUUGUAUUAUAAUUUUUUGCAAAUAUCAAUUUCUUUUCUAAAAUGAUGUAUCUGCUCAUCUGGUGACUGUAAAAUAAAAACAGAUAAGAACAUAGACGUUUAUGUGUAAGUCUCUUUUGUUUGCAUACACAAUGAUGUGCACUGCUGUUACUUCAGUUAAAAUCUGCUUAGAAAGCUUUAAAGGUUCAUUGUAUGGUCAUGAAAAUAUUAAGCAAUAUUGGUUAGAUUUUAGUUCAACAGUUGCUCACCCUACAGUGGUCUCAGAGGACGAAAAGCACCUGUGAUAUACAAUAAGUAUGAUCCUCCAUUAGUCAAGUCUUUUUGCUCACAACAACCAUGACUCUCUUCUUCUUUAUCUUCCAGCCCAGCAGCCACUUAAAAAACAAAAGCAUGUUUGUAAGUUUGUCCAUACUGUACCACUGGAGAAAUAAACCAAGUCUGCUCUAAUAGAUGCCACUGAGUACUACAUUCAUAAACAUUCACACUAUACUGGCUGUCAGGAGCAGUUCGGGGUUCAUUGUCUUGCCCAAGGACGCUUGGAUGUUUGAUCCUGGCACUGAUGUUCUAAAUGAGAGAUGAUCCACUAUACCACUCGGCCACAGACUAGGUCAUCAUCAAUGGUUCAUAAGAAAACUAAAAUAUUCCUAAAUCUCUGAGCAAAAAGCGACAAGGCCAGAAACCAAUAUCUGCAGUAAAAACAGUCAGGACUCUGUAGUGGGAGUCACUGCAUGGACUUGACGUUACUUCUCAGAACCACUCUCUGUGAACCAUUAGCUGCAUCCUCACGUGUAGAUUCCCACUGAGCAAUAGACAACUAUAAGAUGUCUAGUUUUUUUAUACCUAAUUUCAAGUAUCUAGAUUUUGUAUGUCUUUAGACGGAAUUUAGACGUUGCACUUUAACCCAUUAUUCGAUAACUAUUUAUUUCAAAAAGCAACUGUGAGUUGCAUAACUGAUCUCCAAGUUCUAAACCAAAAUAAUUAUAAUAGCCAUUGAGCAAUAUACAGUUAGAUCUCUGUUAGCCGGCUAGUCUGGACUAAAUUUAGACGUCUAAAAAUCUUUUAUUUUUAGACUUGUGGUAGCCUGAUUUUAGACCAGUCGUCUAGGCUACAUUUAGACAUUUAUUAGACCUUUUUUAGACUAAAAAAUGCUCAGCGGGUUUAAGUGGUCACAUACACAAACUUGAUCCAGACAUGCCUCUGACGUCUUUGAGAUGUAAGAUGUAAACAGUGAUACUUAGGUUUUUUUUUCGUAUUUAAAUAUAAGUUAAUUCAUGUAUUUGUAGGUGCAUGUUCUUGUUUGUGCUGUUCGAGUGUCGACUGUGUACAUUUGAACAACUGUUUCGAUUGUCUAUGAAGAUAAUUUGUGUUUUCUGUGUUUACAUGUGCCUUUGAGUUUUUGUAGACGUGUGUUAAUCAGAGUCUCCAUGAAUGCACUGCCCUUUUAAUUGGGAAUGUGUGUUUCUACAUGACUCCCUGCAUGUUUACGUGCACGUGUGUAUUGGUGUGUGUGUGCUUUGGUGUGUACUGUGCAUGUGUGUCUAGCGCCUGUGUGAUGAGGCUCGUUAGCAACCUGAUGCCAUGCCACAGCUGUGUCUGUCCCUGCGGAGGCUUCCUCACUUUGGGACUGACUGCAUCUGCACCGCCAUACUGUGCCACACACACACACCCACGCACUAACACACACGCCCACGCACAAUGUCCUCAUAUCCCUCACCUCUGUUGUGUGGCAUCAGAGUAAUAUAUAGUUAGUUAGCAGGAACUCACCUGACAAGAUGGCUGAUCCCUGUACACCUGGGAAGAUGGCGGCACCCAAAACAACACACAUACACACACACAUACACACUGUCAGAGGCCAAUAACAUCUCUCCAUCAUCCUCAGCUCAUGCCGUUCUAUAAAAUAUGGCUCUCGGAUGCUAGUUAGUUCAUGGGGUAGCAGGAGGAAGGUUAGUGUGAGACAGAAUGCAUAAUAAGGACGGGCUCCUGCUGCACUCCAUGCAAAUGUGAAGCCUGACGUGUCAGAGCCGUGAUGGAUCUGUUCUGACAGACACGGUGACAGCCCGGUGACAGCAACUUAAAAACCUACACUCCCCUCUCCCUCUCACUCGCUUCCUC